CUGCCAAUGGCAUUUAUCAUACCACUCGGUAAUAUGACAGUGGCAUUCAUUUAAACAUAUAGCCUACAAAUAUAACAAUAUGAUAGAUUAUAGAUAGUAUUGCCACUAUACACUUCACCUCUUUUCUUAAAAGACCAUUUAUUUAAAUUCUUCUGACAGCAGCAAUGGGUUGUCCCACCCCCAGUUAUAAGGAUAGACUUGGAGUUUUUCUUUGCAGAUCUAACAAGAGGGGAUUUGCAGUAACAUGGGAAAGGAGCCCCUGGCAAAAAGCAUCUGAAUCCAAUUCCUUCUGCAUCCUAAGACCUGCCUUCACUGUAUCUCCAUAAACACAUCACAGGUAAACGUGAUACAAUGAGUUUCACAUCAUCCUAUGCUUAUUUCAAUCAGUUUAUGGAUGGUAUAGUAGUUUUGGCAACUAUGCUGUAACUGGAAGUAACAUGAACUUUAUUACAUACAGUAGGUUUGUUUGGGAAAUUGAAUCACCUAUUUUGAGCAAAAAUAUUAAGUCGAAAUAUCUUAAAAUUCACAUUAUUUUUAGAAAGCAUUAUUGGUUUAAAGUUAUAUUUAUGGGAUGAAUCCCUUACAGAACGCAAAUUUAAUUUAAAGUGACAUGGGGAACUUGUGAAAGCCAUAAUGAGUCAUAGUGAUGCAAAAGUAAUUUCUUAGCUACUAUCUUAUAAAUAAAUAAUGAUAAUAAUAAUGUAACUACCUUGGAAAUUAAUUAAUUCAUUGCUUUAAAUCUAAAGAUGUGUGGAAAAACCAACUGGCAUCUGUAUGUCAAACUGCCAAGCGAACUGAUUGAUUAAUCUGUCUAAAAUAGUGCAUAGAUUUUGGGUUGAUUUUGAUAGCAUGUAAAGCAUUUGUAACUUUAGAAUGUUUUAUUUGUGCCUGUAACUUUCAUCUAUGAGGAAUGUGUGUUGCUGAUUUUUCUGUCAAUUUUUUAUUACAAUUGGUGACAUUCUUAAAACCAACUAACUAGUAAAGAUUUAUAUAUUUUAAUGGUUUGAACACAAAUAAGUCACUUGUAUUUAAUGCUUUAUAUGUGCUAUGCCUGAAAAUUAUUUGAUGGGGCAUAGAAAGAAAAAAAAAUAUUUUUUUUCAUGAAACACUGUAAGUGGUGUGUCCUGAUAUGGUAAUAAGUAAAUUUAUAAUUAGCAAACUUGCAGACUGUGAGCUCAAACUAUUUGUUACCCCUCUUUUGCUGGUUAAUGCAAUUGCACCUUUAGGUGCUUCCACUUAUAGUUGACUGUCAUCCCCACUCUGGUACCUGAGAGAUCAUUUCCUUUCAAAACACGAUAAUAAGCAAAUGUAUAAUUAUAUUAUAUAUUAUUAUCAGCUGGAAUUGUGAAAACAGAAUGGACUUUUAUUGGGAAAAUUAGAGCAACCAUGAGGCAAAGUGAUAAUUUGGGACCAAUGGAAAGAAAAAAAAAAUAGAUGUUCUUUGCUUAAAAUGAUCCUGUUUUGCUUUGAUAAAUAUUCCUAAUUCUCGGUUUGAUAAAUAUGCCCAUUACAUCAUAAAUUGAUGAUACCAACAUCCCUGCAUCAUUGUAUAAACUUGUUUAACGUUUUCCUUGCCAGUGUUGUGUCAGUAUUGUUACAAAUCAAGUCAUUGUAAGUUUAUCUGGGUACAAAGAAUGCUGUAAGAGUUAUUCAUUAAGUGUACUUUGUUCGGAAUUUAAUGUUAAAUAUUUAGGUAAAAAUGGCCAGAUAUAAAAAUGUGUCCCUGGCAGCUAUGUCUUCAGUUUGACUGUAUUGGCCCCAACAUUGGAAAUUCAUUUGAAUGACAAUUCGUACUUUAAGGGUUAAACCCGACAGGUUUAUGCAGUGAGAGAGUUAAUUACUAAAGUAAGAAUUCUAGGUGAAUUCAAAUUCAAAUUUCAAAUUUAAGGCCAAGGUAGCGGAAUGGAAAGCAAAGCUGAUUUAAAUUUUUUUUCCAGUGUGGCUAGUUUAAAGUAGCUAGUUUUGACCUUAAAUGUAAAAAUCACCUUGUUUUCUCUUUGGAAUUCUCAUUUUAGCAAAUAUCCUUGAGUGAGGGUUUCUCAAAAAAAAAAAUGGCUUGCACAGCUUGACAUUGACUGUAAGCCAACUGAUUGGCUUGGAGCAUCAGCUAACCAAUGCUGUAAGCCAACUGAUUGGCUUGGAGCAUAAGCUAACCAAUGCUGUAAGCCAACUGAUUGGCUUGGAGCAUCAGCUAACCAAUGCUGUAAGCCAACUGAUUGGCUUGGAGCAUCAGCUAACCAAUGCUGUAAGCCAACUGAUUGGCUUGGAGCAUUAGCUAACCAAUGCUGCCAGAGCCUUCUUUAUCUAGGAUUUCAAAUAAUGGAAGGACAGGGAGACAGAGUGAUCCCGCACUGGAAACACACCUUGGGGUUUAACCACUAAAGGUGAGUCAGCUCCAGGGAUCGUAAAAAUGUAAUUUUGAUGAACUUGUUAUGGUGCCCAAAAUAACCCUUUAAAUGUUAAAACCAUUUGAGAUUGGCUUAACACUUUAAGGUAAGAUGGCACAAGGGGACUCCAGGCACCAUAACAACCUCAUUGAGUUGAAGAUGCCAAGGGUAUAUUUUAACUAAAUGUUUUGAUAAUGUUUCGAUAUGAGAAUUCAGCAUAAAUUCAAUUUUAUCUUUUUCUUUAGAUAGAUUUAGACACAAAAAGUCCCAGAUUAUUUUCCAAAUGCUUUUUUCUCCUUUUAUAGUAACAAAUAAUUUUAACUUGUCAGGACUCUCUCUGUAUUAUACAUAUGUGUACAUAUGUGUAAGUACAUGCUAGAUGUAAUUUGAUCCACACAAUAUAUGAAAGGGGUAAAAAAAAAAAAGACAUGUUUAAAGGAACUAUAUAGGGUUAGAAAUGUAAAACUAAGCCCUCUGCCCCUGCAAUGAGAUUGGGUUGUAUGGGUGCCUAUAGUGUCCCUUUAAAUCAAUUUGAGGUGGGGAGCAUUUAUGCAUGUUUAUUUUCAUAGCUAAACAUGUUCUGUGCAUUUAGUUAGUGUAUUGUCUAAAUAGAACACAAUUAGGAAAAAUUUAGAAUUUCAAGAAAACCAUUUCUAAGUUUCCCCCCUCCCCCCCCCAUUUUCCAAAUUCUGUUAUUUGCUGAAAAAAGAUAAGGGAUACAGCUUUGCAGGAAUCUUUCGCACAGGGGAUCAUGAAGACUGGUUUGGGAACCACUUUUAUGGAAUCAAAAACCAUUAUAUCCUAAAUCAAAGAUCAUACAUAAAUUCUUCUCAGAUAUAUCAUAACAUAUAUGAAUAUUUAAGCAAAUAUUAGUAAUUGUGUGAUCCAGAUCUAUAUGCUCAUAUUUCCUAUUGCAGUAAAAAAAAAAUCACACUAGUGGACCUUUAGUGGGGAAUAAGGAUAACAAAAAUUUAAGAGAAUAUUCACUAACAAAAUUGUUAUUUAAUGUGCACUCAGAGAAGGAUUAAGAUCCCACAUAUUCAUAGACAGGUUACCGCUUGUCUCUCCCCUUUAUUCUUCACAUUGGGAUGGUCAACAGUGACAAGAUAAUACAUGGUUUUGGGACCCUACCUAACCCCUGGACCCUAGGUGGCCGCCUACUGUCACUUUAUGGUCUGUCCUCCUCUGACUGCACUCAGUACAAUGUGUGAUCUGCCUAAGAUGGGUGGGAGUUACACUUUUUGUAAUUAAUUAAUCAAUUUCCCACAAAGAAUAUCAUUCUUUAAAGAUAUGCCAUGAUGGAAGCUGGGGUGAGGGACAAGCACUGUCUGUGUCUCCCCAGCAUUUAUUCUGGUGUGUCAGUAACAGGAGAGAGACCUUAUAAAAGAUAGCAGCUUCUGCCUGACAUAGUAACUCCCUCUAGUCUCAGGCAGGCCAGGACAUGCAUAACCCAUGCUGCCUCGAGAUUAAAGAAAGGCAAAACCUAGUCUGAACUGAAAAUUAUCUUCAAAGUCAUGGUUUGUUAGGAUGUCUUCAGAUAUCUUACUUUUUGAUGGCAUUAUUUUACACUAAAACAAGCUUCACCUAUCUAUCUAUCAUCGAUCUAUCUAUCUAGUUAUCUGUCUAUCUUUCUAUCUAUAUAUCUAUCUUUCUAUCCAUCUGUCAUCUAUUAUCUAUCUAUCUAUCUCUCUAUCUAUCUAUCUAUCUAUCUAUCUAUCUAUCUGUCUGUCUGUCUUUUUAUCUAUCUAUUUAUCUGUAUGUCUGUCUAUCUUCAUCAUUGAAUCACUAUAAUGCAAGAUACUAUCAACUCAUUCAGCAAAUUAGUUUUUUUGAACAUCUUGACAUUAUGUAUGACGAAUUAGCUCAAUAUGUGCAUUAAGAGAAGAAAGAGUAAUUUUUCUAUAUAUAUUUCCUGUAGCAGACAUUCAUUUAGAUUUUGUCUUAGACCUUUCAUUAAGUUUGGUAAACCCAAUAACAUCAUAACUGUCUGGGCAUGUCAUAUAUAUUGAAACACUUUCUGCUAUAUACCGCUAUAUGUCCUGUCCUGGGAAAUGGAACCCACUGGGUUCCUUUUUGGAAAAGCAGUAUUUUGAUGGGUGAUACAGAAGGUUUCUUACAGAACAAUUAUGUAGAAUAUUCAAGAAGAUGAUCACAAUCUAUUUGAUUUCAUAUAUCAUGGUACAAAGGAUUUUUUAAACAGUGAAAGUGACACACACUCCAAUUUAAAUGUAAUGGAGCUUUUCCUGAAUUGGGCUUAUGUCCUAUCGUAACAUUGUGACUUCCAACCCCGGAGCUGUCUGAAAUCUCCUUUCUUAUGGGUAAAUCUCAUCUUGACAUAGUCGUCUAUACUUUGAGCUUACAUCUUUACAAUACAGGAAAUACCCUUAUACCUCUUCUAGAUUAAGUGGUGUCUGAGGGGACAGUCUUAAUCUGAGACUCAAGUUUCUCACAGUCACCAAGGAUAAUCACCAAAACAGAACAGUAGUAGUGUGUUAUUAAAUGUGCAUGCAGCUAUAAGUGAUUAUUUACAGAUAUGAUCUUCUACCAACUAGCUUUUAAACAUCACACGCAUUCACACAGCAUUAACAUUCAUUAUGAGUCUCAAUUGGUAUUUUUCCAGUUGAACUAUUUUUACCUCACUUUUGCAAUUACGUAUUCACUAGACUACAAUUCACUGUUUAGUAAUAAAGUUAAGGAAAAGGCUGUACGUAAAUACAACAGGAUGGCCCACAACUCAAGAUAUUGUAAUUGUUAAAGGGCAACUGUCACUUUUCGAGAAUUUAACAAAUAUGUAUUUGUAAAGUGUGAAAACUAAGAUUUAAUCUAGAAAUCCAUACUUCUAUAUUAAGUAACUGGGCACCUCCAUCUUAGCCUCCUUUCAGUCAUUGUUACAAGCUCUGUCUUUUGCACCUGGCAGUCAGAAUAGAAAAAACAUACAGAGAAAAUUAGAAAUAAAUUAAACAAUGUUUCUAUUUCUCAUCUUCAUCAGCAAUAUUUGCCCACGUUUUGCCUUGUCUGGACUGGAUUAUGACAUCAUUUGCUACAUCUUAAUAUAAAUUAAACAUCUUAACAUAAACAUCUUAAUAUAGAUUUUAAAAAAGGAGUUACGUGAAAAAACGUUAACACAAGUAUGAUUACAAUAUUUUAUUCAGUUGUAAGAAUUCUAGAGAAAUGAUAGGUCCCCUUUAAAAAAGGGAUAAUAUUUUUUUAUCACUUCAUUUUCAGUGUAAUUGUUUGGUUGUCAAUGGAGUGAAAUUAAUAUUAAGUGAUAAGAUCCUAGUUUAGCCACUAACAUAGCAAAACAUUUUGAGCAUUUGACUUGGCUUGCCAUUAAUAGCCUUUUCAUCUAUUUUAAUGUAAACACCUUUCACUAGAUUGUAUUACCAAAGUUAUAUUACAUUAUAUAAUCAACACACAAUAAAAUAUUUAUAUAAAAAGCAUGAUCAUAUAGGUUUUGAUUUGCCACGUAUGCAUUUUAAUCAUAUUUUCACAGUUAUAUAGCCCUCGUAGCAAGAACAUUCCUUAGUUAAAUCUAAGUUUCCAAAUGCCUUAAAGACUAUACAAACCUACAGAAUUAAGAAAUGGCCUUUGGGCAGAUAUUUGAAAUCACAUUAAAUAUAGCAUGCAUUUUAUGUGGCGAGUUCUGGAGCCAGAAAAAAUUAGAUGCUGACAAAAAGAGGUCAAUGAAAUGAUUGGUAAGCAUUUUAAAACAUGCCAAUAAUAGGAGUCGUUCAGAAAUAAAGGCAUGUUAUAACAAAUAGCUAAGUAAUUAAUCUUUUGGGUUUUUGAGUUAGAACAGUGAAAAUACCGUACCCAUUGCAACUGUGAUUGAAUCCAAUUUAUUAUUAUUAUUAUUAUUGUAUUUUAAGUAAUGCCAACUUAUUCUGUAGAACUUUAAAAUGUUGUAAUAAAAAUAUAAAACAUCAAAUAACAUAUCAAUGACCUUAAAAACAAUCUAAAUGAUGUGGGAUGAGGUCCUACAAAAGUAGGAAGUAUAGUAGAUCAUAUGUGGAUCGAUUUAAAAAAAAAAUAAAAAAAAAGGUUUAUAAAAUGAAAACACAACUGAAAAAGAGCUGGCAACGACAAAUUGAGAAAUUGCAAGAAAAUGCAAAGACAAAGGGCUACCAAACUGAAAGCAGAAUAUGAGCAUUUAUAACAAACGCUUAAUCCAUAAUCUCAUGCCAAAAUUCUAAAUUAUUGUUGACAUGUUCUAUGGGAGUGGAUAUACAAAUCUUCCAUUGUAUGAUCCACAUUUGAGAUCGAUAGAGCCGCUACUGCUCCCAUUUAAGUUAAUCAUUAUCAAAUAGCCAAAUUUUUUGCUUUUAAGGGACACUUCAUACAGCAUAGCUACUACAGCUUUAUAUAGUAGUCAUGGCGCUAGGAAACUGUUUUUUUUAUCAGUGUGUUUUAAAACAAAUAGAGGUUUCUCCAGGACCCUAGGACAAGCCACUCAUUUCCUGCUCACAGCAUAAAAUAGGAGGCCUUGAGCACUAGAGUUUUGUGGCCUAAAACCUAAAAUUCACUUGUAAUUCCUGACAUUUUACACUAAAUAACUCCAUAUAGAGUUACUUAGCAUCCAAAUUUAAAUCUUGGGCAGUAUAUGCAAAUUAGCCUUUAUGUAUUUACUAAUUACACAAAUACAUCUUGGAACAUAUGCUGUGUAUAGAUACUUUCUAUGCUCAGCCGUUUCCAAAAUACUGAACAUUUACUUCAGGGAGAUCAUGCCAAACUAAUCUUGCUGAGUUUUUUAAUUGGGUAACUAAACUAAUAGAUCAGGGUGGUGCAGUAGAUAUUGCUUACCUAGAUUUUAAUAAGGCUUUUGACACUAUGGCGCAUAGAAGAUUUAUCAAUAAACUGCAAUGCGUGGGACAGGCAUAAUGCUAUCCUAGAUAUAAAUGACUAAUACAAGUCUUAUGAAAAUUGAGCAGACAAGAUGGGCCGAAUGGCUCUUACCUACCGUCACAUUCUAUGUUUCUAUGUUACACUAUAAGCAAAGAGAAACCAGGACUUUGGAACAACUGGCUGAGUGAGCUCUUGAUCACCCCCUAGUGGACGACCCCCAGCAUAUCCUCUUGAUUUUCUUUUGACUAGAAAAUACUUUAAAGUCUAAAAGAGUGAGUGAAAUUAUGCAUAUUUCCUUUCUUUGUUAUAAGCAAUACUAUUUUUUUUUAUUAUUAUUUUUUUUGUGGUGAGUGGUAUAUGUUUUUGGUUUUUAGCCGAGUACUCUUCUACUUGCAGGUCUAGUUACUAAAAUGAAUUUUAAAUUUUAAGACCAUUAAGACCAGCUAUUUUGACCUUACAUUUAAAAUUAAUUUUGAAUUCACUUUAGUAAAUAAACCUGAAUGGUUUUUUUUUUUUUUUUUCUAUUUUAGCACCAUGUGGCAACACAGUGGGGGUUAUUCAUUGAAUAUCAAAUUAUAGUGAAAUUAAAAUUGUAGGCAACAAUUGAUGACUUUCCAUGUUAGUUAAAUUAUUUUUAUAAGUGUUCAGUAUUAUUCUAAUGUGCAAAGCAUUUUGAUAACUCUCAACCUUGAUUUCUUAGUUCAGAACAAAAUAUAUGAAACUUAAAAGGGGGUGGGAAAAGACUGUAAUGUAAAAUAAUGUAUGGUACAAAAAUAAUUAUUAUAUUUUCAGGACUAUAGGUUCCCUUUAAGUAAAUUGUAAUAAUAUUCUACUUUUUCAUUCACCUAAGUGAACUAUCAGAAAUGUUUCUCAUAGACCCUACCCACAAAAGACAAUAUUUUAAUCCAAUAAGGUUCUUUUUAAUGCCUCAAGGAUUCAAGAAGUUCUUCAUUAAACAUUGUCUAACACUUUGAAGGUACAGGAUAAGGAAGGACUAAAGGGGUGUGUACAAAAAGGGGGCAGGCUCAACCUGGCAUUCCAGUCUGGCGUGAAUGAAUACAAGGUUGACUGCCAGUCACUCUAGCCAACCCCACUGGUGUCAAUGCAUGCACAUACCACUGAUAACUUACUCUGCCCAUGGUUUGAAUGCCUUCACUGCUGCUUACACAGGACAAGCCCAUUUUAUGAUGCACUGGUACAACACUUUAUGGGACUUGCUCUCUUGUGUUCUUAGAUGCAAGACACCAGAAAGCAAUCCCCAGAUGGUGGGAUAGGUCCCCAAAUAUUCAUGCAGUAUUUCAGUUAGGACUGUUAGAAGGUAUACUAUAGUGUUAUGGUGGAGAAACUGUGCGAAAAGAUUACUAGUGUGCUAAACCCGUGUUACAAGAAACAUUAUGACAUGCAGAGGUUGCUGAUUUCACAAAACAAAAACAAAAAAUAGAAGUAAAGUGAAACUGACACUUAAAAAUUCUAAACAAUUACAUAUCUUCCUUUUCCUGUAAUCCACGCCUGCAAAAACAGAAAAUGAUUUCUCUAGCACAAAAAUGUGUUCUUAAACCAGAUAGACCAAAAUGUUUGAAGAUGAACAACCCAAAAUGUAUUUCAAGUGGAGUAUUUAUAUGCUUAGAUUACAUUUGUCUUUUUUUUGGGGGGGGAGGGUUCAGCAGAAAAAACUCCUGUGGUUUCCAUAGUGACAGCUCAAGUUUUAGAGCUUUGGCUGGUAAUUGCUGUUUAUAACUUACCCUCACUAAUCCUGAAUAAAAACACGUAAAACAUUUUAUAAAAAUUAUAUCAACCAUUAAGUAUCAUAAAUGUGUGAUAACAACAAUAUAGCUGUGUAAUAAACCAGCCGUGUAAUAUUCUAUGAAUAUGGAAUUCUAUGGAACACAUUCCAUAAGUACCAUAUAUGGCUUUAUUUAUAAUACUGACUGCCAUAGACUGACACAAAUGGUAUGAUUUGUCCUGACAUAAGAUAAUGUAAAUAUUGUAUCUUUUAGCUGUUGUCAGUAUAUUGUUAUAUCACGCUGUGCAAAUUAUGAUAUACUUUCCUACAGAGAUAGACUGGAAAAGUAGUAUUGGUAUAUUUAGUGUCAGAAUAGUAGUGGGACAGUUUGUUAUUCAUGCCCAAUGUAUAACAAUCGGAACAAAGUUUUCAUCAACGUUUCGACCCUGCAAUGGGUCUUUGUCAAACUGACACCCACAGUGAAAUACAACCAAUUUAUAGGCAGUACAAUUAUAGUAAAUUAGCAAUCAUACUAAAUUAGUAAAGUGACAUACAUCAUAACACCAAGUAACAUAAUGAAAUAAUCAAAUGAUAUACUGACUAUAACAUAACAUUCAUCAUGUGUGCUAGAAAAUCUGUUAACCAAUCAAAACAAUGGACACUCGGUAAGAGGCGACUGGUGAAAAAUUGUCACCGAAAAAUUCUGGGAAGGCACAAAAGAAAACCGAAAUAAUAUGCGCUUAGAUGCAUCGGUUGGGACUAUAACAGAGUCUCUGAACAUGUUGGGGACAUACGCCUAGUAUACACGGAAGCAACACAAAAGGCGUGUAAUACAACCAUGUAUAGACAUGAAGCAGAAGAAAACUUGCAUGCCCACAGGUCUAGUAACUAAAGACGUGUGACGCAACCGUGCACCAACAUGGAGAAGAAGGAACCUAGCAUGUGCACAGCAGAACUGCGUAUGGCGCAAUACAUAAUAGGAAUUUAUUAAAGUGACAGUGCAUACAUUAAAUAAGAACAAUAAAAAAGGGAAAAAUAGUUUGAAAUUAACUAAUAUAAUAAACUCAUGAUCUCAAGCAGUGCCAAGUAAAUCAUUUGAUAAAUUAAUUAUUUUAAAAUACCCACAGAAGAGGAGAGCCAAAAAAAAGACGGUGUGACAAUAAACCAGCACCAAUGAUUGUACUUAGAUCAUAUUCAUUAUUUAAGCUCUUAAAGUGUAAAGUAUCUAAUUCUCUUAUCCAAAAGGCUUCACGUAACAAUGAUCUCCUCACUCUAUAACCCCUUCUUAAAAACUCUUCUUAAACACUCAGUGACAUGCUCCAUUAUCUGAAAUUUCAGCUGUGAUACAUUGUGACGUGCUUCCAAAAAAUGGGCAAAUCAACUAGACCUGUCUGUCACGUAUUCAUCCGCCUAUAAAAAUGUGGUUAAUGACAUUUACUGUCCACACAGGAAAAGUUGUGCCGAGCAGCAACCAAAUCCACAGAAGGGUUAAUGCUGAGCAGCAAUUAUGCAAAUGAAACCUGGUAACUGCCUUUGGAGUCAAAGGCGAGUUACAGCCUAUCAGAUCAAGAGGAGGGGUAUUUAGGCCCAGUUCUCAUCCUGCUCAGUGCCCUGUCGUGGUUUCCCUUGUGGUUGUCCGAGAGCGCGUUAUUGAUUCUGGUUAUUUGACUUUGGCAUUGUUAUUGACUUCCCUGUUUUCUGACAUCCCUGACUCCUGGCUUUUCCUUAUCGUUGUGUCUCUUCUGUUUCCCUUGACCUCAGCUAUUCCUGACUAUUCUUUGGUACGUUUGUCCGGCCAUUCUAAGGUCUGGUAUUUGUUACCUAUCAGUCCUCUGUGUUACACAGUUCUACGUGCUGGAUCAUUCUGUAAUCCUGACACUGUCCUAAUUUUUGGCUGAUGUUUUGAAAUCAUGUCCUUCAUCUUCUGAGUUGUCUAUCCUACAUAUGUCAAGCUACAAGGGCAUUUUAAGAUAUACAUUGCAUGGGUAGUACAACAUCUAAGAAAAUGUUUAAUGCAAUACUUUUUUCCAGGAUAAAAGACAGAUCCCUGAAUCAUGGAAUGUCAACAUACACAGUUAAAAUAUGAAAUGUUAAGUACAAAUUUCAAUAAAAACAUGCAUUGCAAAAAAAAAAAAAGUUGAAAGCAUUUCAGCUCUUACCAGUUGAUCCCUGAAGGAGAUCUUUUAAAGGACAACAUUGGCUUUUUGGCAAAUUUUACAAUAUCAGGAUGACAAUCAGACAAAAUGUGCCAAUGAUUAUCAACAAUCCUUUUUAUAUCUGAAGAAAGAGCACCGUGACAUGAAAUCAGUUUAAUUCUGGUGUUAGUGUCCCUCUUGACUUUUGGCAGAAAUAAUUCCUAUCUAUUUAAAUUUUCAACUUGUGUUAGUUGUUAAAACUUUCAGUCAUCUCAACUAAUAUUCUAUCUGAUUUCUCCAUAUUUGAGACUCUCACUCUCAUAUAUUGGCUCUUAGGAAGAGCUCUAAAUACAAGAGGAGGAGAAAUGCUGGUAAAGUACAUAAUCAUAUUUUUAUCCAACAGCUUUCUAUUUAAACUAGUAUCGAGUCUGUUGUCAGAUUUAGCAGUUAGAAUGGUUGUAUUUCACUUAACAAGGACCCAUUGCAGGGUCGAGACGUUGUUGAAAACUUUGUUCCAAUAAAUUUAAGAAGUUUCUUAUCAUAGCAUGGCCUUUGCAGUGUUUUGGCAAAUAGUGUAGAAUAAACACAGUUUAUUUAUUUUUUUAACCUUAAUCACGGGUGAUCGAAAGGUAGACAUACAGUGUUACAGGACUACGACUCCCAUGAUGCAUUCCCAGCCUUAGGGUUGGCAAAGUAUCAUCGCAGUUAUAGUUCUAUAACAACUGUGGAUCUACCCUGGUCUAACCCAUUUUUUCUUUUUGGUUUUAAAUGAUGGUUUAUCGUGUUAUUUUUUUGAUGGUUUCUAAUAAUAAAUUAACUGUGUUUCACUCUCAGGCUUUUUCACAAAAAGGAGAAUUUCCAGGAAUAUAUAGUGAACGACAAUUAUACCAAACACAUAUUUACACAUACAUUUCAUUUGUAUCUUGUGUUUUCUUUUUUUAGGUCAGCUAUGUUCCCACGGGUUUGGUGGCUUCUAUUUUUAUUAAACAUUCAAAAAUAUGUGGCACAGAAUGUCUAUGAAGAAAGAAGAGUGGGACGAUACAAGCCCAAGGCCUUAACAGCAACAGCAGAAAAGACAACAAAUCUCAGUGAGCAAGGUGACAUUUUGUAAUUUAACGUUAUGUAAGAAAGUGUUUUCAGAAGAGCUAUCAUGACACGGAGGCAUUAUCUUUGAUGGAUGUGUCAGGAGUUGAAAGGAUUAUAAAGAUGAGGUACUAGAUAUUUGAUUCCUAUCAGUCAUUUUCUUUCCUCCGGAUUGGCUUAGAAAAUUCAACUGCGACAUUCUGAAAAACGUCCUAAAUAUAUGUUAUUGAAGUUCUGAAAAACAAACAAAAGUCCCAUGGUUGAAAACGAUGUAUAAUAAUGAAUGAGACAGUGAAUUCCAGAAUUUACAAUAGAUAAAUGUAUCUUCUUGGUUAUUCCACGAUGUACCUCUCCCCUGGGUUGUGUUUUGUCACCUCAAUAUCCAUCUGUCCUGUCUGCUACCUGUCUGCGUCCUUCUCCGAUACCUGGUUUGGGUGCUGUGGGUGCAGAAGUUGACAAGAAAGAGCUUAAGGAAGAGUAUAUAUAGUAUAUUAAACACUCUACUUUUAAAUUAUAAGUAAAUUACAUUGAAAUUUAUGUCACUUCCCAGUAUUUUACAUUUUUAUUGUUUGCUUAUUCCUAUAUUUAACAAAUAUGUAUAUGUAAAGUGUGAAGUAUAAAAAUACAAUGAAAAUUGAAAUAACCACACCUUGCAGUCAGCAACGAGGUAACCUACAAAUUAGAAGAGAAAACAAACAAUAUUUCUUUUUUGCCUAUUCAUUUCCAAUGUUUGCCCUAACUUUGCCUCUUUGGAACUAGAUUAUGAUUUCAUUCUAACUCUAAAUCAUUUAUAUUAGUUUAAAAGAAAAUGGAGCCACUCAUGAAAAAAAAACUAAUUAUAGGUGACUGUCAGUAUUUCAUGUAAUGGUGUAAAUUUCAGAGAAGUGAUGAUUUUUUUCCAAAAAUGUGCAUAAUAAUCUUUUUAAGAACAAAGAGUAAGUUUGUAGUGACCAAAUUAUCUUUCCUCCAGCAAUCUAAUUAACAGCAGGAUUCACCCGUAGAGUUGUGAACUAAUCUGGAUCAAGCAAACAUUGGUGCAGAAAAUAGAAAAAUAAAUUAAAAUAUCUGAGACAACUUUAUUAACAAGUCUUAUAAAAAUACAGGACAGCAGAAAUAAAAUAGAAAUAAAUAUGAGUGUAAGGGUGCAAAUAUGUGCAAAUAUGUAUCAAAAACAAACCACCUUACAAGUGGCUAGGAAUGACACCAUGAUGUCGAUAUCUUAUGUAAAAAAAGAACCGUUGGAACUAUAUAAAGAUGUCUUGAACACUCCUAAAUACCCCUCAAAGGCUUAAUCUUGCCACAACAGUGAGGGGGAAUCAAACUAAAGAUGUAUAAUAGAGAGUCAUGAUGAUAAUGUAGCGGUAGUAAUGGUAUUCACACUAGACUGGCUAACGCUGUGUUGAGUGUAAUAUGAGAACCCUAUUGUGGUACCUCACCCCGAGGAUGGACAUCUGAAGACUACAAAUAGGACUAAAUUAUGGAAUGGAAAGUAGUUAAGCAGAUGAAGGGAGAAGGGAGGCGGAGGUAAGCAUAUAUUAUUUUCCAUUCAAUAAUUUAGUUGGGUGAUUUCUCCUAUCAUUUCUUCCUAAAGUUGGGAGUCAUUUCAGGUCUUCUUCUUCACCCAUAGGGUUUCGGCUUCGUUGGGUGCAUUACCGACAUAAAGUCACAGAGCAAUUAAGCUUUUUGCAUUCCUUUAUUUCUUUAUUAUGUUUUUUUAUAUUAUUUACAAGAACAGUAAAACAGGUGAUGGGCUAAGUUUAGUGAUAUAUGCACUCUCUUUUCAGAUGAAGACUGCAUUCUGGAAAUGGCCUUUUUGCUGGACAGUUCAGAAAGUGCAAAGGACUACAACCAUAACCAAGAAAAGAAGUUUGUCUUGCAAAUGGUUGACAAGUUAAAAGGAGUUCAGCUCAAUUCAGGGCGGACUUUCAGCUGGAGGAUGGCCUUACUGCAGUACAGCAGUACAGUGCUCAUCGAACAGACUUUCAGAGACUGGAAGGGACCUGACAAUUUCAAAGCACGUGUCGCCCCAAUAUCGUAUAUUGGCCAUGGUACCUUUACAUCCUACGCAAUAACAAACCUCACCCAGCUUUACAUGAAUGAAGGCACUCAAAAGAGCAUGAAGGUUGCCUUACUUCUAACAGAUGGAGUAGAUCACCCGAGAAACCCUGACAUUUUUGCUGCAACGUCUAAUGCAAAACACCACGACAUUAAGUUCUUUACCGUGGGAAUGACAGGAGUGGCUAAAGAAACAGCCAAUGCCGCAAAACUUCGACUUCUGGCCAGUGUUCCAGCUAGCAGGUUCGUGUUCCAUCUGCAGGAGCCCGACGUUGUGGAUAAAAUUCUGAAAGAAGUGGUAAGUUAUUUUUAUUGAAAUUUUUACAAAUCAUUACAAGAAGGCUGCAAUGUUAGUACGUAUUGCAAAAUAUAAUUUUCUGCUACUUUUUUGCGUAUUAAAGACGAUGUUUCUGAGUCUAAAGAUUUGUUUUAUAUUAACGGAGAGCGGGUGACCGUUAAACAGCUCACGGAGUUUGGUAAAUUAAAAGUAAAAAGGUACUGUUUAAGCAGGCCAGUGGCAAUUUAUUUAAUUUAUUGAUUUAUUGUUAUUAUAUUUUUGAUUUAUUGUUAUGCCAGAAAGUUAGUUUUUUCAGUUAUGGGAAAGUCCAACUGGCAAUGGAAUUAUUGUACAGAUAUUAAAAAAUAUAAGCUUUUAGCUUUGCUUCACACACUAUUCUUUUCAUUUUUGAGAGAGAUUUGCCAUCCCCUAUUUUUCAUGGUAAAUUGUUGAUCUGAAACAUAUUAACUCAAUAUGUUCUUUUGCUGAUGAAAAUAACAAAUUCAACUAUCCAAGGUAAUCAAAGUGUGCAUCAUUAUUUUAAAUGUGCCUCCUCCCACCCCCCCAAAAAAUGAAUAAAGAAGAAAUUGUAUACAGAUUGGAACAAAGAUAAGAUUAAAUUCCCAGUAUUUAAAAAAAAAUUUUUUUUCCCAUUCUCUAUAUUUAACAAUAUUUAUUUGUGAAUUCUGAAAUAUAAUUCACGGAUUUUACAAUUAUCAUGACGGAAAGUCAUGAUUUUAUUAAAGACACGGAGGCGAGUAUUAUGCUGCACUCUUUCUUUAUUUCCCUCAGCAGCAAAGAAAUAUUAUUGAAAGAAAACAUUAAAAACAGGUUUAAACAUCCUAUAGGCAAUGUCCGCCUAGCAACAUGACAUCCAAUCAGUGACAUCUUUCCCAUAUAGUAGGCGGAGCAAUGAUGACCAUUUCCUCUUUCUUGCGACUCCCGAAGAAAACUCAAAACGGAACAGGGACAACCAAGUAAACCAAACGAGCCGUAACACGGCAUGUGAUUCCAGGAGCACCUUCAAUCAGGUCACGCUAAAGAAAACAAGAAAAAAUAUAAUAAUUUCUUGAAAGUUUGGGUUGUCCGCAUAUACAUAGGCCCCAAUGGCUGAGUAAACAGUGUAAGCCUUACACAACAGUAGUAAGAGACAAUCAUUGAUUUGAGGACAACAGUGACAAAGUCCCAUCAGUAGCUAAAGUCCUAGAUCGAUGUAGGUGUGUGAUGGUACCACUACCGCCCAAUUGGACUUAACUUGGAGAGGUCUGAGAAACUUACCUCGACCCACCUCCGGGCCGCCCGCGGGCGGGUGGGUGGGAUAAUACUCGCCUCCGUGUCUUUAAUAAAAUCAUGACUUUCCGUCAUGAUAAUUGUAAAAUCCGUGAAUUUUAUUAAGGACCCGGAGGCUCCUAUUAUGCUAUUUCAAAGCUGUGCUAUCACGGCUUCUGCGAAAUGCUGGAUUGGUUUGAAAUAGAAAUUACGGAAAGUAGAUUCUGUGGACCAAUCAGCCGCCUUCAAGAUAUCCUCCAAGCGACAACCCGCAAAGGAGGCUUUAGAGGCCAUGGCGCCCCGGACCGAAUGAGGAGAGAAUAUGGAGGUAUCAAUACCUGCUAAGGACAUGAGCCAUUUGACCCAGCUUGCCAAGGUAGGAGAGGAUACCGGAGCAUGUGGUUUCCGGAAGGAGAUGAAGAGUUGGGGGUCUGAUCCAGACCGAAGGGGUGCAGUACGAGCUUCGUACGUCCUCAGACACGCUACUGGGCAAAGGAGAGGCUGCAUGGGAAAAGCUGGGUACCGGACCGACUUGGAGGACGAUUUCGUCCUACGUGUUAUGUCAAAAACGACUCCUUCUGGGGUGAAGGAUCGGGCAUUGACAUCGAGGGCUCUAACGUCCGAUACCCUUUUGCAGGAGAUUAGGCACAACAGCAUAACUAGCUUAGCUGAGAGCUGUUUUAAGGAUAAAGACUCAUUGUCUGGCCACCUAGUCAGGAAUUGCAAUACCAGGGAGACAUCCCAUAGGGAGGAAUAGCGAGGUAGGGGUGGCCUCGCAAAGCGAAUGCCUCGGAGAAGACGACAAACCAGUGGAUGUCGUCCUAACGGGGUCCCCUCGAUGAGGUUUAUCGUCCUGUAAGCUUUCCCCGUCUCAUACAGGGAGGUUAAGAAUUGUAGGACGUUCGUCACAGUAGUUCAUAGGGGAUCCACACCCCGUGCCAUGCACCAACCAUCCCAUGUGCGCCAAGCAGACUUGUAAGACUGUCUCGUGCCGGGUGCCCAUGCGCCCUCGAGAAGUCGGAGAGUCGAUUGCGAAACUCCUGCGAUUGACCAGGGUCCCCGGAGAUCAACCAUGCCAUGAGGCGGAGGAGGCCCUGAAGGAUCAGGGGGUGGGGGGUCCCAUCGGGGUCCCAUAGGAGAGAUUGGGCAUCCGGGAGGAGCCGCGGGUGAUCUAUGGCCAUCUCCAGCAGAGGAGGAAACCAAGGUUGCGAUGGCCAGAGGGGGGUUAUUAUAACUAGGCAACCCCAUUGGCGUCGCAGGUGGAGGAGGCAACGCGGGAUAAGGGCGAAUGGAGGAAACGCAUAGUUCCUGGUGGUUGACCAGUCUUGGGAGAAUGCAUCCAUGGCUGAAGCCGCAGGAUCUGGCCUCCAACUGAAGAAGGUCGGAAGUUGGGUAUUCAAGCGGGAGGCAAAUAAGUUUACCGCCAGAGGACCCCACAGGUCCCCAAUGCGCUGGAAGACUCGGGAAUCGAGGUGCCAGUCGCUGGCGUCCCGCAGGUGACGGGAGUACCAAUCUGCCGUGGUGUUGGACAAACCCGGUAAAUACUCAGCCCUGACAGCCAUGUUGUGGUGCAGGCAAAACUGCCAAAAGUCUCGAGCCAGAUUCGCUAGAAUUUUGGAUCUCGUACCACCGAGGUGGUUGAUAUAACGGACAGCCGAUACGUUGUCCAUCUUCAGUAGGAUCGAACACUGGGACAGUGUCGGGGAAAGGCUGUGAACCGCAAAGGACCCCGCUAGGAGUUCCAGGCAGUUUAUAUGUAGCAUGGAUUCUGCUUCCGACCAUCGUCCGCCUGUGACGAUAUCUCCACAGCGCGCACCCCAACCGUACGAGCUGGCGUCUGACUCUAUGACUACGUCUGGGGCUGAGCCGAAGAUGGCUCUGCCAUUCCAUGCCUCCAUGUGUAGGAGCCACCAUUGGAGUUCUUUUUUCGCAUCCGUGUCCAGAGUCAGAGUAUCCUCGUAUGAGGCGCCGCCUCUGAGGUACGACGCCUGCAGGCGUUGGAGGGCUCUGUAAUGAAGGGGACCCGGAAAGAUGGCCUGUAUGGAGGCCGCUAGGAGCCCGAUCACGCGGGCCAGAUGUCUGAGAGAAAUGUGUUGAGAGGUAAGAACUCGUCUUAUCUCUUUCUUGAUACUUCUCAUUUUGGAUGUUGGUAAAUACAGGGUUUGCGUGUCUGAAUCCACCAAGAGUCCUAGGAACUCUAUUUGUUGAGUGGGGAUUAGAAUGGAUUUUUCCCAAUUUAUAAUGAAGCCCAAGUUCUGUAGCAAGGUUGUGGUCCAACCGAGGUGAAUAUGAAGUAAUGAUAUUGAUUGGGAUAGUAGCAGGAUGUCGUCUAAGUAUAUGAUUAGACGAACUCCCCGACUGCGUAAGAGAGCGAUGACGGGCUUCAUGAGCUUGGUGAAACACCAAGGUGCGGAGGAGAGCCCGAAGGGAAGGCAGCGGAAUCACCAUUUCCUCCCUUGCCAUGUGAAUUGCAGGAAGUUUUGGUGCACCUGCGCAACGGGUACCGCGAGGUAGGCGUCUCUCAGGUCGAGUUUGACCAUCCAGUCCCCUGGCUGGAGUAAAUCCCGUAGGCAGUGAAUGCCUUCCAUCUUGAAAUGAUGGUAGGUUACGUAGGUGUUUAAGUGUUUGAGGUUGAUAACUGGGCGGGAUCCGCCCCCUUUUUUGGGGACAAUAAAUAGGUUGCUCACAAAACCCGGGGUAUCUAUCGGGAUUUCUUGAAUAGCCCCUUUGAGUGCUAAAUCUUGAACUUCCUCGGAAACGAGGGUCGUGUCUGUUGGGGAAAAAACAAGCUCCCUUGGUUGGGAGAGUUGAGUGGGCAGAGAUACAAAGUCUAUUGGGUAUCCUUGGACUGCCCUGAGAAUCCAAGCAUCUGAUGUAAUUAGAGCCCAGACAUGGGAAAAAUGCAUGAGCCUGCCCCCUAUUGCCACUUGUGAAGAAAAUCGAGAAAGGUAACUUACCGUAAGGACGUCUUCCGGAAGGAGUGCCUCGUGCACCUCUCGACACCCAAGGUCUACCUCGUUGGGGGAAGAAGGUCGGGACGGACCUCUGGUCGGGAAAGGGGGGUCUCCCCAUAUAGGGACCUUGGUUCUGGCGCGAACCUCUAUUGGCUCUGCCGGACAGACGGCCCCUUGCUCUGCCGGCCCCACCAAAAACCUUUGGGUGGAACACCCGCUUUAGAUUAGAUUGUGCCUUGUCCAAGGCUGUGAAUGUCUGGACAUAGGAGCCCAGGUCUUUGACAAAAGACUCCCCGAAAAGGAACCCUUUAGCUUGGGCUCCCGGCUCAGUAAUUGCCAUGUUUACAAGUUUUGGUUCGAUUUUAAUCAAUAUAGAUUUACGGCGCUCAGUAGCCAGAGCCGUAUUGGCAUUGCCUAUGAGGCAUAUCACCCUCUGAAUCCAGCCUCUAAUAGUGAGGCGAUCUAAGGCUUCGUCUUGCCUCAAGGAUUCCUCCACGGCCUCAAAAAUUUUGGUCGCUGGACCCAAAAUAUCCAAGACUUUAUCCUGACAAUUAUAAAGUGAGAAGUCUAGACCCUUCUUGGGUUUCCAACUUGUUUUACUUAAAAAUUUAAUAAUUUUGGGGUCCACCUGGGGUGUUUUACAGACUUCGUCUGGUACGGUGGGACGUGGGCAUUCGGCCCUUAGUUUGUUACGAGUUGCCUUGUCCAAAGGCUUACGGACCCGAGAUGCGACGUACUGCACCACAUGCUCAGCCGGUGACCAUUCCGCAGAGCGGGGGUGACGUAAGUCGUCGGGUUCGAACAACGGUUCACCCUGUGGGUCAAGGAUUUUUCCCUCUUUGGUUAAGUCAGAACUGGGCCCAUCAGUGGGACAUAUCUUAGUGGAGGGAUUACACUCCUUAACAGUUCCAUAGUCCGAAUCUAAGUCGGACAAAUCGUUAGACUGAUCUGAGUCUAGGGCAGGGGCACUCUCCUCAUCUGAACUGAGUUCUGACUCAGUCGAAUCGGGCUGGGCUUUAGCCCACUUCCAGUGUCUAGCCGUUUUUGCCCGGCUAGAGGCUCUUUUGCGCGGUGGAUCGAUAUUCGCGCCAUCUAUGACAGGUGUUAUGCUGUCCAUCACAAAUUUGGAGGAGUGCUUGACUUUAGCCAAGGCUUUGCGGCCGAGGCGUGGGGGCUGAGAAACAGAUGGUUUCGCGACUGGCACAGUCGGAUGGACCAUUAAUUGGGCCUGAAGUAGUGCUUGGGUAAAUGAUUUUGAAAUAGAGGAGGACAUAAUGUCCAUGGCAGAUGCCAAAGCUUUGGAAACAGAUCUGGAUACAGUAUCAUCCAUGAUGGCUUGGAUUUCCCCUGAUGCUGGGAAAUCCACCUCAUCCCCUGAAGCUACAGGGGGAACAUCCAAGAAAAUUUGGGGGUUAGCUGGUGCCUCUGAGGGACCAGGCAAUUCAUUAGAGGACUGCAUAAUGUAUGAGAAUAGCAGACAAGAGAAAGGCAAUUUUAUUGUGAAAAAACAAGCAGGGUUGAGUAACCCAGCAAAAGUACUCACUAAAUUAUCAAAGUUAUGGGAGCAGGAGACAGGGGAACCGUCCGCCACAACACUGAACGCCAACUCCGACUCGAGGGACGGAGUGGGCGUGACACAGGAAAAAGGGCGCGAAAGCGCCGUUUAAAAUGGCCGCCUGCAAAAUUCCGGCUGGAAUCGGGGUUCCCGCGGUGAGAUCAGAGAUCGCGAGGUAGCCGGCACAGGUGAGGCCGGCUACAUGCAACAGAAAACGGUGGUGUGCGGCUAAGACCGCGCUCGGUUGUUAAAACCGGAGCGCAGAUACAGUAAACCAGCCGCAAGAUGGCCGCCGGGGCGUCCCUGACGGGAUGCGCAUGCGCGGCUGAAGAGGGUAGUACCCGGAGCCGCGACCGCGGCGGUUAUCUCAAAGAGAAUCUCCCUAGGACUUGUAGUGUCCUAGGGAGUAACCAGGCAGAAAUAUACUUGAAGCAUAAAUGAUUUAUUUAAGUUGAGCAAGACUACAGCACCAUAUGCUAAUAGGGACAGAAAUAGUCUGUAAACAUCAUAAACAUGUUUGCCUUCAUUAAUAUAACUAGCAUUUAAAAAUAACAGACAUAUAAUAAUAAAUAUAAUAAUAAAUGUGUAAAACCACAGCCAGUAGCUGAGAGUUGUACUUAUCUGAGGGAAAGCAGCAAAGAAAGAGGAAAUGGUCAUCAUUGCUCUGCCUACUACAUGGGAAAGAUGUCACUGAUUGGAUGUCAUGUUGCUUGGCGGACAUUGCCUAUAGGAUGUUUAAACCUGUUUUGAAUGUUUUCUUUCAAUAAUAUUUCUUUGCUGCUGAGGGAAAUAAAGAAAGAGUGCAGCAUAAUAGGAGCCUCCGGGUCUUUAAUAAAAUUCCCACCACUCUGCCGUGAAACUAAGUGUUUCCACCUUGAGUCUAAAUAAAUUUAUGGAUGUCGAUAGAAGCUUUUUUUUUUUUAAAAACAAACACAUCUGAACUCAAUAAUCUAUCGAGAUGAUGUAUCCGGUGUCCUAAUGCAUAGUAAAGAUUCGACAACUUGGUAUAUUGCUAAAUGUUGGUUGAAAUUGAACUGUAAAUAUUCUCGGAUUCCAUUACCAGGCCCUAUUACUCCUACUGUUUGGCUGUGGGAACAUAUUCAGUCUCCCUUGCUUGAGAGGCUGUGGAAAUUGGGAUGUAGACACUUAAAGGAUUUAUAUAUUAAUACUCAAUUUUUUUCAUUUGAGUAUCUACAAUCUAACUUUAAGGUCCCUUCUAGUUUAUGGAUGGAAUAUAAUCAGUUGAAGUCUAAGAUUUCAUCCUCAAGUUAUCAUUUAAAGCAGUUUAGACAAUUGACAGCUUGUGAAAAAAUAAUAAGCUCAACAAAUAAGAAGCAUUUGCUGUCAAAAUGUUUUAAUAUUUUAAGAGAUAGGAAGUUGGAUACUAAAUCUCUAAGUAUAAGAAUUUGGGAAGAAGAAUUGAGUCAAUCCUGGCCCAUAGAAGUAUGGGUGGGAGCUUUCACCUCAACCGAUAAAUUAAUUAAACAUGUUUCAUAUAGGGAAACAUACUUUAAAAUUUUAAAUAGAUGGUAUGUAACUCCGCUAAAACUUUGGAAAAUGAAGAAAGAUGAUACAUAUAAAUUAUGCUGGCGGGGCUCUAAUCAAGUAGGCUCAGCAAUGCAUAUGUGGUGGUCCUGCCCCUACAUUCAAAUUUACUGGCAGGAGGUAAAUAUUGGGAUAUAUCGAAUUGCAGGUGAAAAUAUUAACUUAAUCCCAGAACUGGCAUUAUUCCAUCUUUUACCUUGUCAUUGUAUGAAAUAAUUAAAAUCCCUUCUCCUUCAGAGUCUAUCGAUUUCGAAAUGGUUAAUUGCUGUAAAUUGGAAGGGAGGAGAGCUCCCAAAGUGGUCAGAAGUAGAGAGGGUGAUGCAGAGAAAUAGAAGAUUAGAAAGACAAGAUGGGCACUUAGGGGCUUCUACAGAUCCGAGAAGUGAUGGGCACUCUGGGAUGAUUAUUGUUUGACCCUUGGAUAAAACUUAUUAUAGUUACUCCUCUUCGUCAGCCCAACGUCCCUUUAGAUCCUUGGAACAAUGAAUGCGGUAUGUGUGUGGUAGUUUAAGUUUAGGCACCCAAAGAUACCUCUUGGGAUUUGUCUCAUUCAUAGGCUUAAAGUUAUUUUUAUUUUAUUUAUUCAUUUAUUUAUUUAUAUAUUUUUUAUGAUCUUCUUUAUACUUGUAUAGCGUCUCCUCUUUUAGUAUAGAAGUUGGUCAUAUCUUCAGCUUAUCCUCCUUUUUAGGGUAUGGGUGUUAAAAAUUGAUUUAGAUGGAGGCUUGGGGAAUGUGUUUGUUAUAGGGGAAAUUGCCUAAGAGCCGGGAGGAGGACAAUAUGUUGAGGCAAUUGACAGUUAUAGGGUAAUACCUCUACUGUGUUAUAAUAGUAUAAUAAUAUAUUGUUAACUGACAGGUCGAUUGUUUUGUAUGUUUUAUGUAACAUUGUGUCAAAGUGAAAUUAUUAUUGUGAAGAAAUUUGUAUUUAUUUGAGUUUUAUGUAUUUUGUGAAAAAAAACAAUAAAAAAUAUUUAAUUACUAAAUAAAUUUAUGGAUAAACAAAUGAGUCUGUUCACAGUAAGUUCUAAUAAGAGAACAACAUUUGCAAAACAAUAAGCAAUUGGAAAAAUUUUAAAUUCAGCAAAACUGAAUUUUUUUUAUUUAUUUUUUACCUUACGUGCUUUAACUUUGCUUAGUAAAUAGAUGCUGUAGCCAGUGGUGUAUCCUGGUUUUGUGCUGCCCUAGGCAGGACAAAACUCAGGCGCCCCCCUCCCCCCGGGCCACCCCCACCCAACCCUUCCCUCGCCCCACCUUCUAAAUACACACACACACACAGUCAGAUACAAACACACACACAGUCAGACACAAACACACACACACGCAGACACAUACACACACACAGUCAGACACAAACACACACACACAGUCAGACACAAACACACAUACACACAGUCAGACACAAACACAUAGUCAGACACACACACACACACACACAGUCAGACACAAACACAAACACACACACAGUCAGACACACACACACACACACAGUCAGACACAAACACACAGUCAGACACACACACACAGUCAGACACACACACACGCACACACAGUCAGACACACAGUCAGACACACAGAGUCAGACACACACACACAGACACACACACACACAGUCAGACACAAACACACACACAAUCACUCACCCCCCCAACCUCUUGGGAGUGCUGGGGGGGGGAGGGGUCUCUCUCUCCCUGGAGGUCUAGUGGUUGCCGGUCGGGCUGGGCGGGGGGCGCUGGCUGCUGGGCGGCGUCAUCUUCCGGCUCCCAGCCCCUCUCUGCGGCGCACGAGGGAGCUGAGCAGACCGCUCAGAGGAAGAGCUCCCUCGCCAGCCGCCCGCCCAGCAGCCAGCGCCCCCCGCCCAGCCCGACCGGCAUGUCUGUUAGCCGCAAGGCUAACAAGGCAUUUGCCCUGGGCAUUUGGGGGGCGGCUUUUUUGCCGCCCCCUGAAAAAUGACGCCCAAGGCAAAUGCCUUGUUUGCCUCACGGCUAAUACGUUCCUGGCUGUAGCCCCCUGGGUUGCCUACAAGAUGCAAAAAGUAUAGUUUUAUCAAAAUUAACAAUGUAGUGCUAUCUUAUGCCAUGUUCUCUGCACCCCAUGCUCCUCCUUCCCCCCACAAUGUAAAUGGUUAAAAAAUGCUUUAUUCACGUACUUGGUUCCAGCACGAUGUACCUCUCCCCUGAGUUGUGCUCCACCUCCCCCAACAUCAGUCAAUGGGGGGACCUAAUGCACAUGUGUGGCAAGCAUCAGUCCUUCCCCAUUUGAAAGCAUUGCCUUAAUGCUUUCCUAUGGGGUUUCCUUGACGCUGGAUGUCCUGAUCCUCAGAGUGUGAGGACAUCCAGCGUUGUUUCACUGCGACUACAGGGCAUUCUUAGUACUGCAAUGUAAGCAAUGUAGGACCACUUUAACGAGAUUAAAUGGUAUGGUUGCCUAUGGUGACAAUUAAAACCUCUGAAGUGUUAAACCUAUAUAGUGUUAAAGUUAUCUAAUGUUAAAGCUAUGUAGUGUUAAACCUACAUAGUGUUAAAGUUAUCUAAUGUUAAAGCUAUGUAGUGUUAAACCUACAUAGUGUUAAAGUUAUCUAAUGUUAAAGCUAUGUAGUGUUAAACCUAUAUAGUUUUAAAGUUAUCUAAUGUUAAAACUAUGUAGGGUAAACCUAUGACAUUUCAGUGCAGUGUUGGAUGGAUGGAUCUUGCUCACUGCCACUCCGAUUAUUCGGGCCUUAAAGGGACACUAUAGUCACCUGAACAACUUCAGCUUAAUGGGGUUGUUCAGGUGAGUACAAUAGCUCCCUGCAGCCUUUUUCAUGUAAACACUGUAUUUUCUGAGACAAUACAGUGUUCACCAUGGAAGCUAGGAACACCUCCAGUGGCUGUCACUCAGACGGGCACCAGAGGGACUUCCGAGUAAACUGCUGCCUAGUUAGCAUUCAGCACGUUUAACAUCUUCACUCUUCACUGAAGACAUCAAACGUGCUAUCAGGAUUCAGGAGGCACUGUGAAUGUGCCUCCUGUGUCCUGUAGUAACCCGGAGCCUGUCAGCAAUCAGAGCCGACCAUGUGGGAGAUAAGUAUCUCCUGCACAUAGCGUGGGCUCGGGCUGACAGGCUAAAGGCAGAAGGAAAGAGACCAAGCAGGAGGAUCUACUGACUUCAAACCGUAAGUAAACUUAUUUUAAAAAUUGAGAGUGACUGUGAGUUUGAGAGAGUGUGAGUGUGAGAGAGUGUGAGUGUGAGAGAGUGUGAGUCUGAGAGUGUGAGUCUGAGAGAGUGAGAGUGAGUGUGAGAGAAACUGAGUGUGAGAGAGAGUGAGUGUGAGUGAGAGUGUGUUAGUGUGAGAGAGUGUGAGUGUGAGGGAGCGUGUGAGAGAGUGUGUGUGAGGGAGAGUGAGAGAGUGUGUGUGUGUGUGAGGGAGAGAGUGAGGGAGUGUGCGAGUGUGAGAGAGUGAGUGUGUGAGUGAGCGAGAGAGUGAGUGUGAGUGAAUGUGUGAGAGUGACUGUGUGAGAGUGAGUGUGUGAGAGUAAGUGUGUGAGAGUGAGUGAGUGAGAGAGUGAGUGUAGAUAGAAACAGAUGGAUAGAAAUAGAUAGAUUUAUAGAUAGAUAGAUAGAAAUAGAUAGACAGAUAGAGAGAGUGUGUGUGUGUUUGUGCAUGUUUAACAAUAUUUAUUUACAAUGUGUGUGUUUGUAUACAAAUACUAUAUAUAGAUAUAUUUCUAUAUACAGUGUUUGCAUACAAACUUUUGGCUUAGGAGGGUUGCAGUAGGAUGGGGGCGGGCAUAGACAGCAAGCUGAGCUGUCAGUCAGCUCAGCUCGCGAAUGCGCAUACCGGUAGAGCGCUCAGUGUUCAUUCAUAGGGCAGCAUUCAAUGCCACUCUAUGAAGAACCCGAUUGGUGCACCGCAUGCGCACCAGAUCGCUAUGAGGAUUCUCUAAGAGAAGCUUCUGAUUGAGCACUGCUAUUUUGCCUUUUUGACGAAAAAGAGGGUGCGGCCUGCCGAGGAUCUUAGCGUUGGAACGGAGGUAAGUUUAUAUGAUAAAAAGCACUCAGAUUUUUAUUUUUUUAAUUACAAACUAAUAUAAAAGCAAGAAAGAAGGCUGGGAGACCUGUCCUUCUUGCUUUUAUAUGCUGACUAAAGUGGUCCUUUACGUCAAUGCUUAUAGUUUGCACUCUGUUUCUUUCUGUGAUUAGCUUUGCUGCCCUUAUUAUUUUUAUUUUUGUUCUAUGUUUAUCUACAUCUAGUAAGCAAACAAACAAGAAACAUGUUAGCCAAUCUGUGGUCCUUACAUACCAUCAGCUCCUAAUCUAAGUCUGAUUGAUCUUUAUCAGAUCUCAUAUUAUGAUAAAUAAAUAGCCAUAUCUAAUGCUUAGCAUCCAAUUUUAUCAUUUGCAUUAGUAUUGUGUUGUCUUUGAGAAACCUUAUUCAACUGUUUCUAUGCAACCUAGUAUGCUUAUACUAUUCUAAUGUUUACGUGCUCUUACUGUAUUUUAUUAUCUCUUUAGCCUCGAUAAAAAACUUAAAUUAAAAAAAAAAAGUGAGAAUUAAAUUUUAAGGUCUAAGUAUGCGGACUGGAAAACUAAGCUAUGCUUUCACUUUUGAAAUUGACUUUGAAUCCUCAUUUCAGUGAAUAUAAUGGUUUACGGUAAGCGCUUGCUACUUGAUCCAAUGAAUUCAGAGAUGAGGCGGUGACAAUUUGUGUGACCUCACUGUUUGUUCUAAUGCAAUCCACUAGAGAUGUCCCCAUGUUUUAUGAUAAAAAAUUGAGAACUGUUCAUUGUCUGUAUGUUUCCUUUGUGAAUUUCAUUAAGCAAUAUUAUGUAGAUAAGUAAUUUACACAAAAAUAACAUUAUUAAUGUAAUAAUUGUGAUUAUUUUUCUGCAGAAAGAGAUGGCAGAAGAAGGGGUAAGUUUUUUACAAUGUAUUUAUAUAUACUAUUGUAUACUAUAUUAUAUACUAUUCAUCCUCGUCAACAAAAGACAGCCAUUUUGAAAACUAAGAUGUCAGAAAGUGUAUUUUGGUUUAACACCUUAAGGACACAUGACAUGUGUGACAUGUCAUGAUUCCAUUUUAUUCCAUAAGGUUGGUCCUUAAGGGGUUAAUAUAAUGAUUUUGUAUUUUAUAUAUAUAUUUGCUAUGUGUUAUUUUAGGUUGCAGACCUCCAUUAAUUAGAGGGAGGGAAUGUUUUCCAUUUAAAAAGCAUAUAUACAGCAUUUAUCAAAUCACGUUGUAAUUUAUACUAAUAGUCCGAUAGCAAGUCAAGGCCACAGCGUAGAAAUAACGCUGAUAAUAUUGUUACACAGGGUUAGUCUACAGAGUGAACAUUUCCAGGAAUUCAAUGUGCAUUUGAAGUGAAUCGCAAAAAUAAAUCAGCAAACUGUAAAUAGAACGGACUUGGACAAUUUUUCUAAUUCAUCUAUUUUGUCCUAAUUUUGAAAUUCACUUUAAAUUCACUUUAACCUCUUAAGGACACAUGACAUGUGUGACAUGUCAUGAUUCCCUUUUAUUCCAGAAGUUUGGUCCUUAAGGUAAAGUCGUGUCAAUUCUCUUUUUACUGAGAAUAGAAUUGAUAGUAUUUAACCAUAAAACGAACACUUAAAUAGCAUGAACAAUGUAACCAAAGAAUUACCAAAGAAGCUAAAAACAACCUUUCCUUAGCUGUGGGUGCUUUUAGAAUAUAACUAAUUAGAGAAGCACAUCCCACCAUUCCAUUACCAUGUCGUAACACAGUAUACUAAAAACGACCAAUGGAACCGCUUAUAAUUCCAAGUUAGCACCAAGUGAAGCAGAACCAGAAAAUCCGAAAUAGGAUUACAGUGCAAAGGAAAAUCUUUAGGCACUCGCAGUGUUCAAAGACCUUCUACAAGGUUGCUCUGUCACUACUUUCGAUACAAUAAAACUGCUUGCUGUUUGAACAGAGUGCCAAGAUUUUUCUUUGCACUAAUACUGACAGUUCUAUGGAACUCCAAAUAGCCUUCUAUGUCAAACUGGAUAUUGUGUAUGUAAACACAACAAUACAGUACUGUUCUAUUAUACGCUAUCUUAUCUAUGUCUGUAUUCUGUUACCUGCCGGCCGCUGUAGUCAAGACACAAUUAAAUUCAGGGAGAGGGUUUGACAGACUAACGCCAACAAUGCAAUUCAAUUGGCCACGUCAUAUCUAUACAUUCAUCAGCUAAAUAAUUGCCUAAAGAUGUAGAAAAUGAAAAGGACGAGACAUUCUAUUGAUGUAUUUUGUUUAGCAUGUUCAUGAUGCAUUGUAUGAAUUAUUAUUUUUUAGUGUUCGCAGUCAACUGCAUGUGAGUGUGAAAAAGGUGAACGAGGACUUCCCGGACCUGCUGUAAGUAUGUAGAUUAUACUUUGUGCAAAAUAUUUUGACUCCAUCACAUCACAGAAUAAUUAUGUAACCAUGAAGCAAACUAAUCAAUGCCAUUCAAAUUUGCAGCCUUACUUGGCAACCAGUGAGUGCUCUUUCUUCAUCCUUAAGCUGAUGAGCAAUGAGACCCCUCUUUUGAUUUUUUUUGUUUUAUUUAUAUCUUUGUGCACAGAUUGCUUUUACCAUUGCUUUGUGAUUAUACAAAAGAACAGCCUUCCUCAAAUAAAUCUCACCUCAUAUUUCUGCUCUAUAAUAGUUAUUAUUUUAUUAUUAUUAUUAUUAAUAAUAAUAUUUAUAAAGCGACAUCAAAUUCUGUAGCGCUGUACAAUGGGUGGACUAACAGACAAGUAUUUGUAACCAGAUAAGUUGGACACAAAGGAACAGAAGGAAUUGAGGGUCCAACUCAAAUGAGUCUAUACUCUAGAGCAGGGGUAGGCAACCUUCGGCACUCCAGAUGUUGCGGACUACAUCCCCCAUAAUGCUCUGGAGUGCCGAAGGUUGCCUAUGCCUGCUCUAGAGGGAGUGGGGUAAAGUGACACUAAAGUAAAGGGUACGAUAGAAAAAUAGGUUGCUAGAAUAGUUUUCAAUCAGUGCUUACUUUUGUUUUUUUUAUGAUAGUUGCAGGAGAGGAGGGAGGGUGCGGGGAGGAAAAGCUGUUAACAGUUUAAUGAAUGUGCCUUCCUGAAGAAGGGUAAUUUUCAAUACUCUUUUGAAGGAAUGGAGACUGGGUGCAUUGGUUUAAGCGGCUCUAUCACAAAAAAAUAUUUACGAGCAUUUCAUGAAGAUAAAAUCUCUAUGAAGUGCUCAUAAAGAUUGUGUUGGUAUUUCACUGGAAUUCCAACAGUAAAAAUAUAUCAUAAGACAAAUCAAUGACUACUCUGUCUUAUAAUUUAUAACUUGACAAAACUUGAGAAAAAGCAUUGUUGCAGCCAUCAAAUUUUGUCAGAUCCCACAGCUGUAGUUAGUUGAAAGUGGCAUGCCUGUGGGGAACAGCUUUAGGUAAAUAUAACUAACCUCUGGUGAACCCCUGUGCCACUGCACCCCAAAUGCAAAAUGUAGGUCACAAACAUCUGGGGUGCCAAGGUAAUCCAUCACUGUCAUGGGGUAUUAAUAUGAAAGAUCAUUGUAGCAUUUGCAAGAAUUUUUAUGUAGUACAUGUUUUGGACUUUACUUCUUGAAAUUAGACAUAGACAUAAAAAAGAUGUCACAACUCAAAACAUUAAUAAACAAAGAGGGACAGUUAUGAUUCCCAGAAAAGAGUAUACAAAGUAGCUGCCAAUCAUGGCACGGUAUAUAUCAGUAAAUAAACGCAAAUUUAAAGACCACAUUUAAAAGCCACAAACUGUAAACGAAUACAUUUGAGUAUCAGAAGCAUGGCAAAUACAUUGAUUUGCAAUGCAUUGGGCAUUACCCCAGCACUCAGUGGAUAACAAAAAAAUACAAAAAAUAUCAAAGUUAUUUUACAAUAAAUGUAUAUUUUGCUUUUUUUUUAGGGUAAAAAAGGUAGAAAUGGAGAUGAUGGUGCCCCUGGCCAAAAAGGAACAAAGGUAAAAAAAGAACAUAAUACUAAUUGUAAUAAUUGGCGAUAUAUUUGAGGUCAUGUAUAUUCAUUAUUGAAUUUUAAAAAGUUAUAUUUUAAUAAAAAUAAUUGAAUUAUGAUUCCCCUGCAAUUUUCUAUAAAAUAUUUAAAAGCAAAAAUGCCAUCACUAGUCCUUUAAUAAUGUAUCGAUAAUGUAUAUAGGUAAAAGCAGAUUUUUCUUAAAUAAAAUAUUUGAUGAAUCAAACUAUUUAUAUAUUUUUUCAAUGUUUUGGUUACAUAUAUACAACUCUUUUGGUAUGUACUUUACAAGCCUCCAUAGCAAGCCAGUAAGCAACAUCAUGCUGAUUAGUUGCAUUAACAAUGAAACAGCUGUCCACUGGCUUUGCUCCUCUUCCUGAGUUGUGUUCAAAGAUGUUUUAUACAGCAGACACAUACUCCAAGGAAUCCAUGUACAAAGUGGAAUUAUGAGGCAUAAAUGUGGUUCUUUGUUGGGCUCAUUUGCAUGUGCCUACCCAGAAUCACCUGCAGUAGUGAGAGCACUGUUAAAGGACCACUCUAGGCACCCAGACCAUUUCAGCUUAAUGAAGUGGUCUGGGUACCAGGUCCAGCUAGGGUUAACCCUUUUUUUUAUAAACAUAGCAGUUUCAGAGAAACUGCUAUGUUUAUGAAAGGGUUAAUCCAGCCCUCAAAUCCUCUAGUGGCUGUCUCAUUGAAAAUCACAGUGAGAACACACAAGCGUCCAUAGGAAAGCAUUGUAAAUGCUUUCCUAUGAGACCGGCUGAAUGCGCGCGCAGCUCUUGCCGCACGUGCGCAUUCAGCCGAAUGGGAGGAGAGGAGGAGGAUCGGAGGAGGAGAGCUCCCCGCCCGGCGCUGGAAAAAAGGUACGUUUUAACCCUUUCCUCUCCCCAGAGCCGGGUGGGAGGGGGACCCUGAGGGUGGGGGCACCCUCAGGGCACUAUAGUGCCAGGAAAACAAGUAUGUUUUCCUGGCACUAUAGUGGUCCUUUAAAGUGAGAUUUUUGUGGGAAAAGCAAGUCUUAUGGCUUGACUGGUGUGUGUAUUUGUGUUUAGCAAUGUAUUAACUAUAUAUAUAUAUAUUUAUUUAUUUUUUUACUUUUUUUUUUAAAUGACACAUUGAUCCUUGGUGACCCACUAAAUAAAGAAAUUGAAUAAACAUAAUAAAUCAGUUGUGUAGUAAUGUAAAACUAGACCGAAGAAGGAUCACAUUGCACUGUGAUGAAUCUCGGUGUCCUAGAAUUAAGGAUUACUUGAGUUCCCAUAGCAUCUUAGGAGCCAAUAAACCUUUAUUCUUGAUGAGGUCAUGAUCUGAUGUCUUUUUUUAUUUUUUUCUGUCAUUUUAGGGUGAAUCGGGACUAAAUGGAAUUCCUGGAAGAGAUGGAACGGAGGUAACUAGUAAAUGCAAAUCGACAUUGUACCCAUAAGGAAUUAUUCUUCUAUACAAUAAUAAAUAGAUUUAUUAUUUCACAAGAUGCAUAAAGCAUCUCAGAAAGUAAACAAAAAUAUUGUAGAUAAAAUUAUACAUGACAUGCAUAUUGUCAUUAAGUUGUACAGAGAGUUAAAAGGGAUAAUAUGCAGACAUCGGUUAAUAAACAUUUAUAAACAGUUCCAGACUGUAAAAAGGUGCACAUAGCUAACUACGGGGCAAUAUCUUGUGACAAGACAGGUAUUAUUUUGUAUCUUAAUUUUCUUCUUAUUACAGCAGAUCACUGUAGAGAUGGUUAUAUGUUACUUAUUUUUAUAGAUUACUAUCCUAAUAAAAUAUUUUUUUUUUAUCACAGAAAAAGUGGAUUUUCUUAAAUUGCAACCAGAAAUAUAUUUUUAAAUGUAAUGGUGAUUUGGCGCAAAAAAAAAACCCCAGAUAUUAUUUCCUCUUUUUGGGAAAACACUAGAAUUCAUUUUAAUAUGGUCUGUUUUUACAGCAAAACAGAGCAUAAGUUAAAUAUUAAGAUAGUCUUUUUAACCUAAAUUCCCACAUUACUACGGGGUAAUCAACUAAACAUGCAUUUUGUGUGCGUUUCCAUACAAAGAUCAACAAUUGUCCACAAUGAUCAUGUAAUAACAAUUAUCUGUUAAUUUUAUGUCAUUUUAAAAAUAUUUUCUUUUCCUAGGGUAAACCUGGAUACAAAGGGGAACAGGUAAAAUAAUUCUUCUGAACACAUAUACCCAGUUUAUUUACCUGGUAAAUGUUCAGUGACUGCCUGUACACUACUGGAAUUGAGACUGGUAUCAUAUACAUUGUAUUACAUUUGUGUCUCUUUUAGGGAGAAAGAGGUGAAUGUGGAAUCCCUGGAAUCAAAGGAGACAGAGUAUGUAACAACAAAAAUUAUAAUAAAAUCUACUGAAAGAUGAAUUGUUGCCAAACUUAAAUAUGACUUUUUUUGUUGUUUAAUGUCUGUUUUGUAUCAUUUGAAGAAGUAGGUACAAUGUAAUCUAUUAUUCUAUAAUAAUUAUCUAGAACCUACAAAAAUCAUUAAUAAAAUAAAUUACAGAGACUUUCAUAUUCUUUAAUAUGACAUUUUAGAAACACAGUUUCUAGUUAGCCAAAAUCCAAUGAUAAACAGUUAUAUGAUUUAUAUGCCAUGUAAUUACUUUAUUACCUCUCAUUAACUGGAAUUCAUUGUACCUAGCCUAAAUGUAUGUUAUUAUUAUUCUUGGCCUUUAUAUGAAGCCAAUGUUAGAAAAGGGGAAUUGGACCUACCGGUGGUAUAGUUUAACAAUACAAUUCACUGAGCUUUCCUCUCCCCACUCUUGAAGUGUGUAUUGUGCGCUAAGAGAUUAUAUAGCAUAUGCUCUAACCUGCUUUCUUACACUAUGUUUCAGGGUCCAGAAGGUCCAACAGGUCCGAGAGGAUUGAGAGGUGUGCAGGUAAGAGAAACUGUUAAACCUCUUUAGAAAGUAAAUAUUAAAAGACCCACUCUAAGCACCAUAACAAUUUUGCAUCAAUGUAAGAUUAUGGUGUGCUGAGUAUUGUGCUGCCUGUUUCCCCUUACAGAGUGGUAUCUAACAUUAGAGAUUUGUAAAAAAAAAAAAAAAAAAAAUAUUACUAAAGGUAUAAGCCUGUCCCCUAGGACAGUUACAUCAAAUCAGGAAAGAUAUUUCCUGUUGCCAUCCAAUUUCCAUACAAUUUGUGCAAGCCACACAUAGAGUUUUGAUGACAUUCCCAGCCUUAUCUCACUGUUCUAUAGACAACCCAAUCUAUGGCCAUCUUCAUGCACAGCCAGUGGCUCCAGUAUGACUACUAUCAGUUUAAUGAGUUGUUCUUCCCCUCAUAUAUGAUGAUUAAACAUAUGGCAGGGGCUAAACGACAUAUCCCUCAAACCACUGCUGGUGAAGAGAUUGUGGGAUAAGAAACAUCCUUAAUUUGAAACUCUAAAAGGGACACUACAGUCACCAGAACAAAUACAGCUUAAUGUAGUUGUUUUGGUGAGUAUAGUGAGUCCCUGCAGGUAUUUUAGUGUAAGCACUGCCUUUUCAGAGAAAAUGUACUGCCUAGUAACAACUCUGGUGGCAGUCACGCAGACGGCCAUUAGAGGUGCUUCCAGGGUCAGUGCUGCACAAUGUGAAACACUGACAUCCAGCGUCUCCAUGGAGUGCUAUGCAUGGAGGCGCUGAACUCCCCCAUAGAGAUGCAUUGAUUUAAUUAAUCUCUAUGAGAAGAUGCUAAUUGGCGCAGCGAUGCUUUUAGCCUUGUACCUAUCCCACGCAUACUUAAACUCCUUUACUGUGUUAACCUCUAUUACUUCAGCUGGAAGGCUAUUCCAUGCAUCCACUACCCUCUCAGUAAAGUAAUACUUUCUGAUAUUAUUUUUAAACCUUUGCCCCUCUAAUUUAAGAAUAUGUCCUCUUGUUGUGGUAGUUUUUCUUCUUUUAGAUAUACUCUCCUCCUUUACUGUGUUGAUUCCCUUCAUAUCUAUAUAUAUUUAUUUAUAUAUAUAGAUAUAUAUAAAAUAUUUCUAUCAUAUCCCUUCUGUCAUGUCUUUACACCAAGCUAUAUAAGUUGGGUGAAGAUUAUUUAUAUUUAAUAAAUGUUUAUUCAAAUUUUUCAUUAUUUAACUAUACUUUAUAAGUGUAGAGUUUUACAAAGUAUAAAGUACAAAAUAAAAGACAAAUUAAACUAUAGUGAAACAAACUUCUUUAUAAGACACAGUAAUUUCCUUGUGUAAAUGCGUAUAAAUAAACCACCCCACUAGUGUAUCAUCAUACACAAAAUUCUCUGGAUGGAGUAUAUGUGGAUAAGCUACUACGCAUUAGUGAAACAUAAUAAACAUAGUUGGGUGUAGAUGAUUUAGAUGCAGUUUUGUCUGAUUUAUAAUCAACCUAUGAAUUCGGAAGAUUCCAAUGAUGGUUCAUCCUAACAUUUUGCCGGAAAGCCUGAUAUUCCAACAGCAUGUUGAGCAUUGAAAUCAUUUGUUUGAUUUAUUAUUUACUGUUUAUCUCUAAUAAAUAUUUAUAUACUUUUUUUCUACAGGGAAUUCAAGGUCCACCGGGAGACCAUGGUCCCGAAGGACUUCAAGGAGCGAAGGUAAAGAAGGGUUAGGGCAGGGGUUUUUGUCUUUUAUUUAAUUUUUUGUUUUGUUUUUUUCUUGCAAAGGGUCUUGCUAUUUAUGUAUCUGAAAAUUUUUAUUGGGAUAUUAGAAUAUACCUCAGUCGUAAAUAUAAAAUAUAAGGGAGUAACAUAAUAUAGUACAUAUAGAUUCAACGUAGAAAAAAAUGAUACAACAACAUAACAACUAAAGGAAAAUUCAAACUCACCCGUCUUGCCGGCUCCUCACCCGACUCACCCACAAGCGGAUACGUCCCCAGUGACCACAGCGGUAAUGAAAGAGCUGCUAGCGGGGCUUUAGCUUACUAUACAGGCUGACAUGGCCCAGGUCUGCAAAGACCUGCAGGGCCGGACAGGCCACCUGAGCAUGGUGAAAGAAGAUUCCCGCCCAAACAAGCACAACACAACGCAGCUGCAACAAGCAGUGCACAAGCUAUAACAGCAGAAUUGCAAAACAGCAGAGCGGUUUGCAGAGCUGGAAGACCAACGGCGAAGCCUGAACCUCAAGAUCAGGGGCAUCAGAGAGGAGAUACCGGAGUCAGAGACACCUCAAUUCACCAGACGACUGAUGUCGGCCCUCUUGCUCCCUAGACAGGCCAAACAAGCUGUCCUAGGAGGGAUGUUACACCCCCCCGAACCCGCAAAAGCUCCGACCAUGGCACCUAGGUACCUCCUGGUGAGCUUCCAGAGCCACGGAGACAGAGCAGCAGUGCUUCAAGCGACAAGAAGCCAAGUCCCAUAUGUGUUUGAAAGCAUGCAGCUUUCAUUCUGUGCAGAUGUAUCAGGGCCAACUCUGGCCUGGCACCACACAAUGAAACCCUUCACAGCUCUCCUAUGUUUGCACAAAAUUACCUACCAGUGGAGGCAUCUUCAAGCACUUUUAAUCCACCACGGUGAUACACCAUUCAAGACAUGCAAGGUGCCACAGACCUCCUGCCAACCCUGGGACUGCAACAGGAUGCCAUGUCCCCUGCGGUACCAAGCAAGCCUGCGGCACUGCCUACGGCCCAGGAACCCCCAUUCAUCCCCCGACGGGCUAGAGAAGUGGCCCCCAUAUCGGUCACUACCUGAUUGAGACCAGGGACGAGAACUCACCUCACCUCUUCCCAGAGACACUAUUGCAGACGAUAUAUAACCCACCAAAUAUUAGCCCAAGUGAGCCACAAACCAUCUAUAUUCACAUAAAUGUAGUCCCCCUCCCUCUCUCCCUGCUCCCCCCCAGGGUUAUGGGGUAACCCUACAAUACAGGAGCACAACAUAAGAAUGCCCAUACCGCAGAUAACGCGCUCUCCACCUGCCCACGACCCGAAAACCAACUCACAACAUCAUUAUAUUUUUAAAGGUAACUCUUGCCUUAAUGCCUAUAACACCUUCAACCCCACUUGAGAUAUUAUUAUUAUUAUUAUGAUAUUUAUAGAGCGCCGUCAAAUUCUGCAGCGCUUUACAAUAGGUGGACGAACAGACAUGUAGUUGUAACCAGACAAGUUGGGCGCACAGGAACAGAGGGGUUGAGGGCCCUGCUCAAUGAGCUUACAUGUUAGAGGGAGUGGGGUAAAAUGACACAAAAGGUAAGUAUGCCAAGGAGAUAUGGCCACACUCCUUGGCAUACUGGUCUUACGUCUAAACGCUAGCACCCCCUACCCAAAACUAAAUUCCCUCAGCUCAUGGCUCAAUGCCCAAAUAUGUUAGAGACCCUGUCUGUUAUGCCUUGUCAAAUAUGUCUGAUGUCAUACAUCUAUCUAUCUCAUGUAAUCUAUCUAAUGUAAUUUAUUGCUGAAGCUAUGACCUGAGUCAAAAAUAAAGAAUUAAAAAUGUUAUUUGUUUUUUUCAAAUUCCAAAUAAAGUCAAGUCUGCACAGUGUAUAUGUCACAAUUUAAUACAGAAUUCUGCAUGAAAUGUAUCAAGUCCCAUUGCUAGUAGAUCAAAAGACUUUGGGGUGUAUUAGAAACUAGCAUCUUACUAUCCUGUAUUAAGCGGUGCCCCUGGGGAUAAGGGUCUGCAGUAAGCAGCUCCUGAAGCUUGUAACUUGAAAAAAAGAUCACAGCAUUGUGCGUAAUCUGAGAUUUCUAGAUCCCUGUAUAUGUAGAAGGCACUCUCCGCUGGACAUGUGAGUAGGUAACCUUUAUCCAAAAGGAGGUUGUAUGCUACAGUUCACAUAAGCAGUGGAUUCAUAGGAAUGAGACAGAACUUGUCUAAAAGUUGUUCGUAAGAUCCACAUCUGCUGUAUCUCGUCUUCCCUUUUCAAAUUCAGCAAAGUGAGAGCUUUGUUUGCUAGAGGAAGUUUGCUAAUAUUGUUAAUAUUACAAUAUAGGUAUAUAAUGAAGAAUUUAAAGAAAGGCGGCGGGAAGGGAGGCUAAAGAAGGAGGAGUCUGUUUCUCCUGCUCCUAGAUGAAUUAUAAUUGUCAUUGAUGGAAAAAUUAAGAAAUAUCCAUUGGUUAGUAGCUUAAAUCUCAUGGGUUUUGGUAUUUUGUACUGGACUUUUUUUGGUAAGAAUGAAUUUAAAUAAAUACCAGAAUGUGUCAUGAUGUAAAAUGUCAACCAUAUAUUUUUACAACAGGGUGAAAGAGGCCUUCCUGGACCUUCUGGAUUUCCUGGUGAAACAGGGAUAGGAUUACCAGGCCCCAAGGUAAGAUUGACACAUUUACUAUACUUUCAAGGGAAUAUAAUCCUUUUAAACAAAUGAGGCAUAACCAACCAAACAUCAGUUCAGUAUGCCAGAAAUCAUUCCUAUUAAUAGUAAAUUUCUUGGAGUAAAACAUUAUCUUACCAUAAGACGUUAGAUAGAUUUGAGAGACAGCUAAGAGCCAAUCACUUAACAUCUGGUUAAACAACAAGCUUAGACUCUUUCACUGUCGAUGUGCUUAGCUGAAUAUAACAUACUUAGAAAUCCUCCCCUCACCAUGCACUCUCAAUAUCAUAUCUUAAGGCCUAAAAAAAAAGAAUGGUUGCCCAUUCUGAAUAACCUUAUCUGGCUUCCCAGCUCCAUUGGAUUCCCUUUAUUGCAUCUAAACUCUCUCUAGAAUACCCAUCCAUAUUCAGCUCCCACCACCAUCUCCUCUCUCUUGAAUGUCUUGAAUUCGUUCUCAGACAUAAUCUCUGAUAAUAAUGGUCUCCUCACAGAUAUAAAGUAACCUUAACUGACCAUCACUUCCAAUAAUUUCCUCUCCCUUAAGUCAGUAUACCAUACAUUUGAUUCUGUUUUCCUGCUUGUAGGCUGUCUGUUUGACUAAUUUGACGUACCUGUUAUCAGCAAUAAAAUCUCUUUACAGAGCACUCUUCUUCUAACUUCUGAUCCAUUCCUCGUAUUUCCUGUUUCUCAAAACUUAUUGAGCAUGUUUUCAUUCUUUUCCUAUGACAUCUCUUCAGCUUUAGAUACAAUUCAUCAUCCCUCCAUUCUCUCAACAAAAAUCUUAGAAUCACCCUUUCUGAACUCAUCCCUUUUUAGCGGAUUAGAAACAGCCUUGUUAACAACUCAUCACACCCCUUAGCCCUUUCCUGUAAAUGUUAUAUUUAUCUCUUGUAGACCUAUUUCUAUGUAGAAGACAUCCAUAUUGUCUUUAUCCACCCCAUUACACCCAGUCAUUCCUCAAACAUUGCAACCAAUCUCUACUGAUAUCCCCAUCUGGAUGUCCUCAGUCUAAUGUAUUUGCUAUAUGGAUAGUUUUACGGCUUAACGCCAACAUACUCUUCAAUUUGACACCUACCAGUUGCAAAAUCAAUCUUGAUUAAUCUUACAUGAUUUAAGGGUUUAUAUGGAUCUCAUCCGAUUCUAUAAUUUGAUAUAGUUUUGCUAAAUUAUAUAAUGACUCCAAUAAUAUGUUAUGUGCCCUUUUAUUGUAUUUUCAGAUAAUCUGUUAUUUUAUUACUAAUGUAUGCAAAAUGUUUCAGUCAAGAGUGAUAUUUGAGCAAUGCUAACAAAGUAAAUACAUAUACCAUUCACUGGCAAAAUAGAACUUUAAUAACACGUUGCUCAAAUAAAUCAUACGGGUCUCAACAUCAUUCAGCAUUAACCAACAUUAAAAGAACACUAUAACGUGAAAAAUAUAUUAAUUUUCAUGUUAGAUGUGUUUCUUUUUUAUAUAUAGUAUAGGCACCCCUUAUGUAAACAAAAAAAAAAGUGUUGUAGAAAACAAUUAAACUUUUCUGUAACCCCCUGCCCAGACACAUUCAUCAUGUUUGGACCAAUCUACUGCAAUCUAGAGAAGCUUUGAUGACCCAAAGGACAUAGGUGACAUUAACUGCUCUUGGUGCGAUGAUGUGUGUUAUGAUCCUGAAUGUUAAGUCCUUCAAAAGUAGGUCUUAAAGACCAUCUGUCUGACUAGAAGCAUGUUCUCGGACAAAUGUAGACAUUGCACAGAAACAGCAAUAUUUUAUAUGACCCGAGCAAAGAGACAGUAAGAAAUCUGAAUAUUUUAUCAAUAAAUUUCAUUGCUUUAAAAAAAACCAGUCUGUUAUAGUUUUUGAUAUGCUAUCUAAAAGUAUCUUUAACGUCUUUAAAACAUCUCUUUCAAGGGUGACUUUGGGUCACAAGGAAGACCGGGACCAGCUGGUCCACCAGGAAUAGGGGAACCUGGGCCUGCAGUGAGUAUUUCAGUUGUUGCACUGAUUGUGAUACAUUAUUAGUGAAUAUGUCAGAUUAUAUAUAGUAUCAAAGACUUGAAACACUGAAUAAACCAUUGUUUUUACACUGUUAUCCAAUUGCUAUGGAAUAAGGCAGCAGACUAAGCUGUUGUUAUUACAAGAUCUGUGAAUGCUGUUUAUAUUGAUUCUAUAUUGGGACCGCAAAUUAGUAACGAGGCAAGAAUAUUAUUUUGAACCGUAGAGUGCAAGCUUCUAGAAUGUGUUCCAUGUGUUAUGGUUUUAUUAUUGGCUUUGAACAUAUGUGCAAAUUGCAGUUGUAUCAGCACAGAUGUGCAUAUCUUCCUCAGAAGACAAAACAAAUUUGAAAGCAGGUGUAUUGUAUUUUCUUUUGAAGGAUAAAACACAUAAAUGCAAUUAAAUCAACUUAUUAAAAUGCUAACUAUAUUCACUGACAUGAACUUUAUUGAAAAAAUUUAUGCUGGAAUUUUGUAAAGAAAAAAAGGGAAUUGGGGACACACUCGAAGCAUGCAUUUCUCAGGAAAGGCGCUGCCGUAGAGACGAAAAUCUAUACAAAAUAUACAUUAAGGAACAGCAUACAGAUAAAAACACAGUUACUUAAAAUAAGGCUACUUAAAAUCGAGUAUUUCAGCAAACAAAUAUGGGGAUUUGGUUCCACCAUAUGCCCAUAUCGUGUUAAGCCCACCACUACUCCACAGUACCCCAAUAUCAGUGGGUCCUACACUAUUCCAACAUAGGAGACAAAUUAAAUAGUGCUAAAUUAACAAAAUGGAAUUUAUCAAAUGGACAGAGAAAGAGAUAGCCAGGGAGACAGCAAAAACUCAUGUAUUAUUAAUUUAUAUAUUGAAAUCCUCAAUGUACUCAUAUUACUCAAAAUGUUACUUGUACAAUGUAAUAUGAAAAUUAAAAGAUUUCAAAAAUAAAUCGGGCAUUAUGGAGAGGAGUAGAUAAGUUUCCAAAACUUGCUGUAUACAAGCCCUCUAGACAGCCAUUUACCCCUUCUAAGUCAGCAAUAAGAGAAGGAUUAAGAAUCUCGGGCCCUAGGCAGGUUACCAUGGGGUCAAGCAAAUUCAUGGUUCUGGGCUCUAGGCGACUGCCUAGGGUUGCCUUAUGGUUAACCCUGCUCUGUGAGCAAGUAGUCUUUGUCCUACAAAUAUUUGUAAACUACGUUACCCAUGAUGCUAAAGCAACCUUGUGGGUACAAUGUAGUUCACAAUCACAUGCAGUUCAAAAAGCCACCAUAGUAAUAUGUUCCAUAAAUACGGGAUUUUUUUUAAUUUAUUUUUUUAACUCAACAUAUGUCUGUAGUGUUUAUUUGGCUCUGGUUUAUGGCUCGUUUUCAGGUUAAAAGAAUGAUUUAAUUAAAAUAAAGCUAUGAAUAAAACUCUUUUUAACAUGAAAGAUAUAUAUCAUAAAUUGAAUUAAAUUCUUUUUUGAUGUAUGACACCAAUUUUAUACUAUGACAGCUAAAUGCAUUAUUAAAGCCAUUCACAUGAUUAUCAAGAGAAUUGCAAUCAAUAUUUUCUUUUCAGUAGAAACCUGUUUAAGUGGAAUGCACAAACUCAGUAAUCCAACUAAAUUUAAAUCAUGCUGCGGCAGGUUUCUGGUGAUUUAUCUUGUAUUUGACAGAUGUUCUCAGGAGGGAAGAAAAAAAUACCUUUUUUAACUUUUUUUUAGAAGCGGAUUUAGUGUCAUAUAAUCUGAUGUAAAAGUAAGACUAUUAGAGCAAGUCUAAUACACAAUAUUAAAAAUACAACGGCUGAUGAAAUGAAAAGAAUAGAAAACAAUGCCAUCAUUUUAACAGAUGAAAACACCUGAAGACCAAAGUUUUAGCAAGUUUUGUAUUAUCAUCAGCAAUACACGUCUCUCGCUGCGGGCAAUAUUGCCCUUAAGAGGCCUAUUAACAAAGCAGUAUUAUAUUUAAACACGUUAUAACGAGAUAGCAGGCUGAAUGGGUGAGGUACUAGAAUGUUUUCCUAGGUGUUACAAUGAAAUUGUUACAUAGUCAUAAUUCUAUUCUAAUAGGGACCCCAAGGAUCACAAGGUAUGCAAGGAGAAAGGGGACCCCCUGGAGAAGGACUGCAAGGACCAAAGGUGAGAAAAUACUUAUAAUAAUUCAUAAACAUUGGUUAAUUGGGUUUGUCUUUACUCAAUAAGGGAAAUAGGCAAAAAAAAUAACAAGUAUAAUAUAAAUAUAUGUAAGUGUGUUUGUUUGUGUGUGUGUGCGUGUGUGCUUGUGUGCAUGUGUAUAUUUAUAUGGUAUAGAGGAGCAGAAUGCUAGAACUGUAAGCAAAAACUGUAAUGCUGACUCUACUUGGCAUCUACAUCAAUGAAAGUCACACCCAGUAGAAAAAAAGGAUACACAAACAGUAUACAUAUGAAAAAAAUUACAUUUUGUAUUCAAUAUAAGUUUAUUGGGCAUUACAAAUAUCAUAGUAGAAAAGAAGAAUAAGUACAUUUUUAAUAGAACCCAGCUCUUUAGACAUCCACUUUUUGCUGCAGCAGGCUGAGGAACAGAAGCUUGUCUCCAGCUUAAAUGUAUAAACCAAAGGGUGCAGCAUUCACAAGAGGAACAGGCUGAAACAGAAAUACUCACUGAUAGGUUGGAACUUCUAUCAAUCAUGAAAAAUACCCACCGGUAGGCUGAAACUUCCAUUAAUCAUGAGAAAUACUCACUGAUAGGAUGGAACUUCUAUUAAUCAUGAGAAAUACUGAGUGAUAGGCUGGAACUUCUAUUAAUCAUGAGAAAUAUCAUCUGAGUGACUGACUUCUCCAUUAGUUGAAGCUGGAAACUCCAAUACUUUAGAUGGAAACCUCAAGUAUCCAAGCUCUGAUUGGCUGGAACCUCCAUUAAAUUAGAUGGAAACCUCAAUUAUCCAAGCUCUGAUAGGCUGGACCCUCCAUUUAUUAAGAUGGAAACCUCCAUAAAUCAAGCUCUGAUAGUCCAGAACCUCCAUUGAUUAAGAUGGAAACCUCCAUUAACCAAGUUCUGAUGGGCUGGAACCUCCAUUAUUUAGGAUGGAGACCUCCAUUAACCAAGCUCUGAUAGUCUGGAAGCUCCAUUGAUUAAGAUGGAAACCUCAAUUAUCAAAGUUCUGAUAGGUUGGAACCUCCAUUAAUUAAGAUGGAGACCUACAUUAACCAAGCUCUGAAAGGCUGGAGCCUGCAUUAAUCAUGUGAAAGAGGUGUAUUGGCUCCCCAAGAUCUCCUACCUUAAAACAAGGAGCAAAUGAGGUGGAAAAAGAACCAAUAAGCUUAUUUUAUAUAAUUCCAAACAACCUCAUUAAAAAAUAUUAUGAAAAAAGAGGUUCCUUCUAAAUAAAUUGCAACAUUUUACAUAUAUGUGUUACAAUUUCUGUUUUCCAGGGAGACCGAGGCUUUGAAGGGCCCAGGGGAUCUCGGGGUCAACCAGGAUCUAGUAUUAAAGGUGACAAGGUGAGUAUUUAAAGUUGGAUUCAGAUAUGUUUCAUUAAUGGUAAAUGUGUACCAUAUCACUUCACCAGUAUUGUAAAUUAAGAAACUGACAUUAUGUUUGGGUCUGGCUUUCAGAUGAUUAAAUCAAAUAAAGCAUUUUUCACUAAACCCCACUACAGAUUAGUGGGUCAUACUUCUUUUAACCAUCAGUAAACAAAGACCUUAAAACCAAAGACUAUGGUAGCUAGAAGACAGGCUGUUCACUUCAAAUCACAGACAGUCUUGCACCCCAUUAACAAACACAAUAGGUAGAGCGAAUAGUAUACUUUCCUCUCUUUUCAAUGAAUUCAGCAAUGCUGUGGAGACAGAGAGGUAUACAAAUAGUGCAAAUAACUCUAAAUCAUAAAUGAAAUAGUUACAUAUGCAAGAAUACACUCAAAAGAGUAGAGCCAAUAUUGGACCUGCCUCUGGUGUGGAUGACCUUAGGAUCUUUUUUAGGGUGAUCCAAAUCCCUCUGUGGAUGGUCUGGAUAUCUGGUCUGGAUGCUUGAGCUAGAUAGUAUGGAAAAUUCCUCCCAGUGGUAAACAGCAGAAAAUCCAGAUAGAUGUAAAAUGAAAAUUGUAUUGAAUUACAGAUAAAAAUAAAUGUAGAUAAAAUCUAUUUGAAUAAAUGAAAGAGUUCCAAGUAUUCUCCACCACAAUGGCAACACAUCAGAAGAACAAAGCUUAAUUAAAACACUGACAGUCCUUCACCAUCCUGAUGGAACAUCACUAGAACAUUGGCUAAUUUCCACUGCACAAAGUGAGCAGCACUAGAAUAACGGCUAUUCUCCACAGCACAGACUAAGCCUCACUGGAACACUGACUAUCCUCCACUACACUAUUUCAGCAUCACUAGAACACUGACUAUCCACCAUUACACUGCUUGGGCACCACAGGAACACUUCCUAUCCUCCAGCACACUGACAGGGCAUCACUGGAACACUGGCUGUCCUGGAUCCACAUUGACUGUCCAUUUAGAAGACUGUAUAUUUUUCACUACACUGGCACAAGAUUAUUAGAACACUGAGUAUACUCUACUACACUGACUAAGCAUCACUAGAACACUUGUUAAACCACACCAACAAUGAUACCACACUCUCUGAGUAUCAAUAGAAAGCUAACUCUUCCUCACUACUCUAACUGAGCAUCACUAAAACUAAUUAUCGGCCACCACACAGAAUGAGGAUAAUAAAGGCAUUGACAGUACUCCCUCAAACUGACUGAACAUCACUGGAACCAUAACUAUCAUCCACUACAUAGCAUGGAAACAUCACAAGAACACUUAUUAUUAUCCACCACACAGACCAAUGAUAAUUAAAACACUGGCUAUCCUCCACCACACUGACUGAGCAUCACUGGAACACUCGCUAUCCUCCACCACAUUGACUGAGAAUCAUUGGAACACUGGCUAUCCUCCACCACAAUGACUGGGUAUCACUGGAACACUGCUAUCCUCCGCCACACUGACUGAGCAUCAAUGGAACAUUGGCUAUCCUCCACCACAAUAACUGAGCAUCAAUGGAACAUUGGCUAUCCUCCACCACACUGACUGAGAAUCACUGGAACAUUGGCUAUCAUCCACCACAGUGACUGAGUAACACUAGAACACUCGCUAUCCUCCACCAUACUGACUGAGUAACACUGGAACACUUGCUAUCCUCCACCACACUGACUGAGUAUCAUUGGAACACUGCUAUCCUCCACCACACUGACUGAGUAUCAUUGGAACAUUGGCUAUCAUCCAAUACAUUGACCGAGCAUCACUGGAACAUUGGCUAUACUCCACCACACUGACAGUGCAUCAUUGGAACAUUGGCUAUCAUCCACAACAGUGACUGAGUAACACUGGAACACUCACUAUCCUCCACCAUACUGACUGAGUAACACUGGAACACUUGCUAUCCUCCAACACACUGACUGGGUAUCAUUUGAACACUGCUAUCCUCCACCACACUGACUGAGUAUCAUUGGAACAUUGGCUAUCCUCCAAUACAUUGACCGAGCAUCACUGAAAUAUUGGCUAUACUCCACCACACUGACUGAGCAUCAUUGGAACAUUGGCUAUUCUCCAAUACAUUGACUGAGCAUCACUGGAACGUUGGCUAUGCUCCACCACACUGACCGAGAAUCACUGGAACACUGGUUAACCUCCCCCACACUGACUGGGUAUCACUGGAACACUUGCCAUCCUCCACCAUACUGACUGAGUAUCACUGGAACACUUGCCAUCCUCCACCACACUGACUGAGAAUCACUGGAACACUAGCUAUCCUCCACCACACUGACUGAGCAUCACUGGAACACUGGCUAUCCUCCCCCACACUGACUGAGAAUCACUGGAACACUCACUAUCAUCCACCACACUGACUGAGAAUCACUGGAACACUGGCUAUCCUCCCCCACACUGACUGAGAAUCACUGGAACACUCACUAUCAUCCACCACACUGACUGAGAAUCACUGGAACACUGGCUAUCCUCUACCACAGUGACUGAGUAUCACUGGAACACUGCUAUCCUCCACCACAGUGACUGAGUAUCACUGGAACACUGGUCAUCCUCCACCACACUGACUGAGUAUCACUGGAAUAUAGGUUAUCCUCCACCACACUGACUGAGAAUCACUGGGACACUUGCCAUCCUCCACCACACUGACUGAGCAUCACUGGAACACUGCUAUCCUCCACCACACUGACUGAGUAUCACUGGAACACUGGCUAUCAUCCCCCACACUGACUGAGCAUCACUGGAACACUGCUAUCCUCCACCACACUGACUAUCAUUGGAACACUUGCCAUCCUCCACCACACUGACUGAGUAUCACUGGAACACUGUUAUCCUCCAACACACUGACUGAGUUUCACUGGAACACUUGUCAUCCUCCACCACACUGACUAAGCAUUACUGGAACCCUGCUAUCCUCCACACCGACUGAGUAUCACUGGAACACUUGUCAUCCUCCACCACACUGACUGAGAAUCACUGGAACACUGGCUAUCCUCUACCACAGUGACUGAGUAGCACUGGAAAACAGCUAUCCUCCACCACACUGACUGAGUAUCACUGGAGCACUUGUCAUCCUCCACCACACUGACUGAGAAUCACUGGAACACAGCUAUCCUCCACCACACUGACUGAGAAUCACUGGAACACAGGUCAUCCUCCACCACACUGACUGAGAAUCACUGGAACACAGCUAUCCUCCACCACACUGACUGAGAAUCACUGGAACACUGGCUAUCCUCCACCACACUGACUGAGUAUCACUGGAACACAGCUAUCCUCCACCACACUGACUGAGAAUCACUGGAACACAGCUAUCCUCCACCACAAUAACUGAGCAUCACUGGAACACAGGUCAUCCUCCACCACACUGACUGAGUAUCACUGGAACACUGCUAUCCUCCACCACAGUUACUGAGUAUCACUGGAACACUGCUUUCCUCCAACACACUGACAAUGACUGAACAUCAUGUGAUUAGUAACAGAAAAUGACUAAAUAAAUAAAUAACAGAUUGUCUUCUGUCACUCUGAAAUUUACUUUCCAUAUUUUUGUUUAUUAUCUAGGGUGAUUUCGGAUCGCCUGGUUUGCCUGGCCCUCUUGGUUUACCAGGUACAGGAAUUCAAGGAGAAAAGGUAAGAAUUCCUCACAUAUCACAAGGAAUUCGUGGAGCUUAAACUGUCACUAGAGAGAUUAUAAUACUAUGUAUACAAAUAUAUGUUCAGAAUGAGAAAUAUUCAGGACUGGAUAAAAAAGACUCAGAACACAUAGUUUGAGGAGAACAUCCUGUAUAUAAUCUGAUAUCUCUGCACACUUAUGUGAUGGAGUUUACUUUUUGUGAAAUUCUCCGUUUCCUUAUUGCUAUACAGGGUUUUUCACUAACGUGAGAAUUGUUGGGAAUUUAAAAUGAAUUCAGAGUAAAUUUUACAUUAAAGACCAAAGUAGCCAGUCUGGAAGCAUAGUUGGCUUUGGGAAUUACAUGUUACACUAUUAUGGCCUUACAUUUAAAAUUCACUUUGAAUUCCCAACAAUUCUCAUUUUAAUGCAUAACUUUGUUAGUAUUAAAACUAAUUGAAUGACAUUUGAGUAAUGCCGAUGUUGCCAUUUUACUCAUAUAAUAGUCUCUUUUUUUUUUUUAUUAGAUUAAACAUAUUGAUUGAUAGAGUAAAUUUUUAAUAAUUAUUUAAUUGUGCUGGAGAAAUCGCCUAAUUAUUUGCUAUCUGAAGAUCGUGGUCAUUUCUUCCAAAAUUAAUCUUAUGGAUAAUACAAUGUACAAUGCAUCUAAAAUGAAAGAUAUUGAUGUCAUUUUGGAACAAGUAACUGCAAACAAAUGUCCUCACGUCCAAUUCUCAUGGCCAUCCUUGUACAACAUGAACGAUUAAUAAACCAUGAAUAAACAUAUUGCAAAUAUAUCUUUAAGGAAAAUUAAUUACAUUUCAUUUUAUUUUAAAGGGUGUCCAAGGUCCUGCAGGACCACCAGGUGUUAGGGGACCAGCAGGAGAAGGCUUCAUGGGACCUAAGGUAAUAAUGACGGCAAAUACUUUCUAUAACCUUUGCAUGUAUAAUUACUGUUAAAUUACAUGUUUCCUAUCAGUCCUGUGACAUGGAAAAAGGAAUGCCAAGGAUAAAAGUAUAGGGAUAUCACAACAUAAGAUGGUGUCAUUUUAAUUACAGGGUUACUCCAACCACUAUGACCACUUUUGGUUUUAGAAGUGGUCAUGGUGGUAGGAAUCUUCAUGUGUAGUGUUUCUGCAGAGAUAUCUGCACUCUUGUGGCAAAGGCCAGUUACACCCCCGGCACAUGUGACUGUUGAGGGCUAAAAAAUGUUGAAUCUGUUCAAAAAUUACAUCUGUCGUCAGAGUGGACAGGAUUGAGCUUCUAACCGAGAGUGUGCCUGCAAGAAGAAGCCUAAAUGUCAUCUCCUUCCCUCCCUUCCUUUCUUCGUCCCUCCCCACUUCCCUAUAGUCCUAAAUAUGCCUCCGUUAUUUAUUUUUAAUUUUUUUCUAAAUUCUCUCCCCUGUCCAUUCCUUACUUUUUCCUUUCCUCCAAAACUCAUAGCACACACAUGAGCUCUGAGCCGGUGAGAAUGAUCCAAUCAAAUACUUCUCUUUGAGAAGCAUUUGAAUGGACCACAGAGCAUGAAGACGCACAAGGGGAGCUUAGCCCCAUCCCUAGAUUCCAGGUAAAUUUAUUGCUUAUUUUACAUGUUUAUUCUAAAAUAAGAAGGGCACCAGGUGCACAAUGCCAAAUGCGACAUUAUAAAUUGAAAAAUAAGUAUAGCCAAAGAGGCUUAGUGUAACCCGUUAAUGACAGAACAUGUUCUUGAUCAUUACUGUUAAUAUCAGCAUGAUUAUUGAGCUAAAUAAUAAAAUUCAGUUAACAAGGGUAUCAAACACACAGCUACGUGGAGCAUAUAUAAUUUUACUUAAAUAACAUGUUACCUACUUGUGUUACAGGGAGAACAAGGUCUACCAGGUGAAUCUGGAGUUCCAGGAGAAAGAGGAUUGGGAGAACCUGGUGCAAAGGUAACAUCAAAGUCAGAAACAGAAAUAUAUGUUACUGUUUCCAGAUUGGUUUAGUGUACUGUGCUUCCAUUAUUCCACAAACCCCUCUGAACAGACAAGGGAUGGGAUGCACAAAGAUAAUAGCACAUAUAUCUAAAAGUGGUCACAUGUUAUUUUCACCAGCAUUGUGUUAUAUUUGUUGGAGGUUCUAUUAAUAGCUAAAACGGCCCAAUGGGACUGACUUGAUACCCACGGCUGCAGUUGCCUACAUCUUAUUUUUCUUAUGUUCCUCCGUAUGAGUUCAUAGUUUUAUGUUGAAUUUUUUACUUCUAUAGCCUGGCUACGUAAGCUAAUGGUUUAUGUCCCUCUUAAGUCCCUCCAUAUCUAAGUUCCUGCAAUGCUGUUUUUAUGUCCAGAUAAGCUUCUAUUGCACACUCAACUCACCUAGGCCUUUUCUGUUUAGCAUUGGCAAAUAUAGACACAACCCCAAGACAGCGAAGGCUUACCAGAAGCCAACCACUUACCAACUAGUGCCUUAAGUAUGCCCUCGAUAAUGAGCCUAUAGGCAUAUAACUAGUACUACCUGCAGCCUCCAGAGUUAAUUGCUAUUAUCCUUUUGGAUCUUACGAGAGAUCCAUUUUGUUAUUAUUACAUUUGUUAUAAUGUUAUAUAUAUAUAUAUCACAAAAUUUGGGUUAUUAUUGUAGUGAUACUUUAAGAGGCUGGAGUUUUUUCCUAAGUAGGAGGGCUUAGGAGAGCACUCCAUGUUGUGAGUUUAGCAGUGACUCUGCAUGUUAUGUUUUGUGACUUAUGGAAGAAAAGCUGUUCAUAUGAAGUGAGUGUCAGCAUUGAUUAUUCUGCAAGAACCACAGAAAAGACAACAAUUACCAGCUACGUGUGUAUUCUGUUGAUGCUAUUUUUAUUGUUUUUUUAUGCGCUCAGUUAUACACAUAUUCUGUUGUAACUAUUACAGUAACCCGCAAAAAUAAAGAAUUGAAAAAAAUUUAAAAAUUAAAAUAAAAGUGACAGAUAGCAAAAAAAGGAACAAACAAAAAAAAAAGCUGUAAAUGUACAGUUACAAACAGAAUAUUAGUAAUUGUUUUCAAAAGAAUUGCUGCAGCUUUACUUUCCAAAGCAGUAAACCAGGGGUGCCCAAAAGGUAGAUCCCCAGAUGUUGUAGAACUACAAAUCCCAUGAUGCUUUAAAUGCCUUUACAAUGCCUUUAGUAUGACAGCGCAUCAUGGAAGCUAUAGUUUUAAAAGAUCCAGAGAUAUACCUUUUGGGCACUCCUGCAGCAAACAAAUUAAAAGUUAUUAUGAGUCAGAGGAUUUAAUACUGAUAUUGGAAUUAAUGGUUUUAUAGGGUAAUCAUUAUGAGGCAGGAUUAUUCACAAGUGAGAAUUGAUGGAAACUAAAAGUGAAUUUAACAUUUAAAGCUGUAUAUAAAUCUCCCAUAUAUUCCAAGAAGAUCCUGGUGGUCUACCACUAGACCGAGGGGUUCCAGCCCUCUGACAAAUUAGAGAAAAAUAAAUAGAAAAAAUUAUAUUUAAAGCUCAAGUAGCCAAAAUUGGAACAUGGCUGGCUUGAAUAUUAUUACCAGUUCAGCUAUUUUGGACUUAAAUUCACCUUGAAUUCACUUUCAACUCCCACAAAUUCCCCCCUUUUGGAAAUAAAUUGUGGAUUGUGAAAAUUCAAUGUGAAUUUUACAUUUUGGGGUAUAACAGACCAACUCACUUGAAUUUAUUUAUUUUUUUCAGUUCAGUUUUUCAGCCUUAAAAUAUUAACACAAUCAACUUUUUAUGCUCUGUCGAGUAGUAGAAAGCUUUCUUCAUCUGACAAGUUUGUUUUAAAUGGCAUAAAAUAUUAUAUGCUUCAAUUCUUUUAGAAAAAGGCAUUGCACACUGUUUAUUCUCUGUUUGCAGUAAGAUUGCUUGAUUGCUUGUGCUCCCAGGUCCUAUCUCGAGUUGCAGGAAUAUUUCAUCAGUUUUUUGUUUUUACGGUAGGGUGAGCCAGGAUCGUCUGGAAUGGCAGGUUUGCCAGGACUUCCCGGGGAGGAUGGAGCACCAGGACAAAAGGUAUUGUGUGACAACUUUUCACAACCUGUUCAAUAAGUAUCUAUACAGUUUAAAAAUAUCAAUAUGAAAGGGACACUAUAAGCAUCAAAACAACUCUAGCUUAAUGGGGUGGUUGUAGUGUCUACCUUAGGCCUUGCUGUCUAACUGCUCAAUUCUCUGCCAUUUAAGAAUUUAGUCAUUUUGUUUAUGCAGCCCUAGUCACACCUCUCCUGGCAGUGACCGACAUAGCCUCUUACACAUUUCCUGUAAAGAGAUCUAAUGUUUAAACUUCCUUUAUUAACUUCCUUUAUCUUUUCUCAUGCUUUUUAAUAGCCUUCUAGUCUGCAUGAGUGUCCUGUGUGUGAUUAAAACUCAAUUAACAGAACGGGAGAUAAAAACAUUUAACAUAAACACACUGUGCUGUAAGAUCUGAUUGAAAUAUAAACUUUUCCAUGUAGGCUUAGUGAGUCACAGCCAGGAAAGGUGUGGCUAGGGCCCUAUAAACAGAAACAAAUGUGAUUUAACUCCUAAAUGAUGGAGAAUUGAGCAGCUAGCCUGCUGGGACAUGCUAUAUUAAAAAUAGGUGUUUAGAGCAUCCCCUUAAUAUACUGAAUUUAACGACUUAUAUUGCAGUGCUAGGAGUGAUAGUCCUGACGUACAGUAAAGGGGGCAUAGUGUUAGGUGGGCUAUGGAAGCUUAGGUUUAAGGUUUGCCUGCUAUCAGGAUGCUGUGUACUGUAACUAACUGAGAAUGAUGAUCAUUACUUAAUUAUUUAUUUGUGUUCACUAUUUAAUUAAAUAAUUAGUGGUAGAAAAUUAGGUGCAACUAAUGAUACCCUCAUUAAUGACAGAACAUGAAAUGAACUCAGAGGGAUUAAAAUUUACUGAUAUAAGAAAUCAAUAAGGAUUAUUCAGAGUAACAGCAACACAGGGCAUAUAUUGUAACAGACAGGGUUAUUUUCUAAAGUGAAAAUUCAAAGUUAAAUCAGAUUGAAAUUCAAAUUUAAUGCCAAAGUAGCCAAUGUGAAAUAUGAAAUUCUUUUUGAAAUGUAACUUUAGUAAAGAGUCAAUGAAAGUCAAUUAGAAUGUGAGAGUCACCGUUAACCAUAGAAACCUGCAUUAAAACUGGGAUAAACUGUGAAUUCUAUGCACGUACAUGCUCUUCCUCCACGUCAACUGAACUCUAGCCUUAAGCUAAGUGAAGAAUCCAGGGAAAAACAGCAAGAGCCUUAACAAAUCUGCAUUUCUUUACCCCAUCCUCCCUCUGCCCUUGAUCUGAUCCUCAAUAUUUUCCUUUGCCCUAUUUUUUGUUUAUUUUUCUUGUUUUCUUCACUCUUCCGAGCUACCCAAGUUUUAACCUCCCUCCCCCCCAAAAAAAAAUAAACCAGAUCUCCAGUUUAAUACAUAUGGAACUCAAGAAAUACUAACCCUUUGUGAAUUCUUUUUUAUAGGGUGAGCCUGGACUUCCUGGUCUUAGAGGUCCAGAGGGGUCACCUGGCAUUGGUAUACAAGGUGAAAAGGUUAGUAUGAGCACAGAAAAUAUAUGUAAUAUUACAUUAAAUUCCUAAACUAUGACUAUUACGUUUCAGAUUUGCAUGUCAUACCAUUUAAUCUUUGGCAAAUAAGGACUGUGUAUAUUAAAAUAUAUGACUAUAAGUCAUGUUAUAGUCUACAUUUAAUAUAUUUAUAUAUAGUUAGAUGCACAGAUACAGCCAUGUAUAGUUGCAUAUAUAAGCACUGCUGAAUUUGCUGGUGCUAUAUAAAUGCCAAUAUUAAUAAUGUUAUAACUACAGGUAUGGAAGAAAAUACUUUCACUUGCGGGGAUAUCAUCAUCACAUUCACCUAGAUAUCCCAUUUCUCACAACUUACUCUUCCCAUCCGGAUCACAUGGCCUAUUAUUAUAGUACAAUCUAGCUUAGACAAUGUCCCUUACACACCUCUGGAAAGUAUGUGGGGAGAAUCGGGAUUGAAACAAUUUACUGACCUGGCAGGACCACAACCUCCAGCCGUAGUAGUAGUUCUUUCAACUAAAACACUUCUUGAGAACGCUCAAUAUCCCCGACAGUAGCAUUAGAGACAACACAGAAUUUAAACAAAUGUGUUCUAAAAAGACUACGCUACCCAAAACUAUCUCCAAAUGUGAUAGACUACUUCAUUUCAAAAUGCAUCCCACACUUGCACACUAAACAGGAAAAUGGAAACACCUGUUAGGGUAUCCGAUAAGAGAGAGCAAGAGGAUUGAAACAUUUCGCACUAUAUUCCACGUGCAUUCCAGCGUAUCUCUACACGAGGUCAAAUGUAAAUUGGCCUCGGGAUGGUAUCUCAUGCCGACAGAUAUCCACCACUUUGACCCAACAUCGUCCCCCUUAUGCUGGAGAUGUGGAAAGUCAAGAGGUUACCUACAUCACCUCUGAUGGACUUUUGAGAGGGUCUCCGACUUCUGGAAGUCGAGUGGGGAGACAAUAUAGACCGUAACUGGUAAACAUAUUCCACAUGAGGUGGAUGCUUUAUUAUUUUUUAGAAUAAAUCUGCCUUUGACUAAGUUGAAAUGCACACUGAUGCUCAUGAAAUGCUCAUGCUUACUGUGGCGAAGGCCACCAUCAUAAUGUGCUGGAAAACUAAAUGGAAAAGAAACUGAGAGGGAAUGGUUUAUGAAAAUAGAACACUAUCGUGUUCUCGAAGAACUGACGUGGAACUCACUAGGCCAAGCCACUAAAUACUAAGUUAUAUGAUGUCACAUCCUGUUCUUAGCUGCGGAUUUUUUGGUUCUAUUUCUAUUUCUAUUCUAUGUCUGGUUUUCUAUAUGCUGGGUUUUUCUGGGUUCAUUUCUGUAAUCCGUCCCUGGAAUUCCCAGUCUCCAGGUUUCCUUUAAAUGUUUGUUUUAUUUGCCACACCCGUUUGUUUUCCAUCAUUCCUUUUGUUUCAGUGUCCUGCAGGCAGCUGCUCAAGGCUUCUGCCCUUUCUUGCAGGUAAGUGCUAUAUAUGUGUAGGACCUGCCAGAUAUGGGGUACAUUGGCGUUGUUGGCAGGCUUAUGCAAUGUAUGAUCAUAUAAUGUGACUAAAUCCCCAUGAUUUUCAUAUAUAGUGCUUAAUUAUUUCUCCUCUUGUUUUGCCUAUCUUAUCUUGUCUUGUUUUAGUUUGUAUACCCAGUCCAUGUACAGUCCUGUCCAGUCAUGCCCAUGUUAUGUUCAUGUUUCCCUCGUGUCUUGUGUACAUGUUCUGGGUUUAGCUUCCUAUCCUUCUCUGGUUCUGGGUUCUACUAGUUCUGUCUUGUUUUUCAUGUAAGAUGCCUAUCUCUAGUCUUGCCUUGUUUCUGUACUGGAUGCAUUCUUGCUGCAGAGCCUCCCUAUUCAGCUCUGGGAGGUCUGCUUAAUUCCUGCUCCUAGUUCCUGGGAUCCGCAUAAGCUGAUUCAGGGUUCUGGUUCUGGCUGCACAAACGCUGGUGCUCAACACCAGGGGGCUUGCGGUUACCCUGCACCAGACCCUGCUAAUCCACCUCCGCACUGUGACUCCUACUCUGAACAUCAGGCAUACUGGGUCCCAGUCCUCGCACUGCCACCCUGACAUAUGACAACCGUGGAUGACAUAUAUGACAUCUACUCACCACCACGACCCAAAGGUCGCCACACAUCCAGGCAAAACCAACACACAUGCCACAAACGCUGAUAUGACAGUCACUUCUAUGUUUAUGUUAUUACCGUUAUGAAACUUUAAUAUAUCUGUAACUUUGAUAUUGAUUGAAUAUGUAUUGUCAUGUGAUGUUUCUUUGUAAUACAUUUUAGAUCCAACUUUGUUAGAAUACUGGAAACAUUGUUAUUUCUGAAACGCCUUAUAUGAGAUAUAAUAUUGAUACAUGCCUUGUUGAUUCAUGAUGAAAAAUUCUAAAAUAAUAGAAAUAUAAUAAAUAAAUAAAAAAUAAUAAUGAUAUAACAAAGCUAUCACAAAGCAUUUAUAUUAGAGGUACAUUAAGUGAGUCAAAUAGGGGAGAGCCUUGGCUUCCACUAUUUAUUAACUUAACAUAAAGGAGACCUAAAUUAAAGUAACAUUUAAACAGUUUGACUUCUUAGUGUGGGAGGGCACAGGGCAAUCCUGAAACCAUAACCACUGAAUGACAAAGUAGAGACUGUGGUACUUGGAGUUUUCCUUUAACCUAGAUUUUCUAUGAAAGUUCAGUCCUUUAAUAUGGACUUUAAUAUGGCUGAAGGUAUGACAUGUACCUGUCUUGCCAAAAUCACAUAGUAUAACACUACAUGUGAUAAAUACUGUUAUAUAUGCAUGUAUAAAGAAAAUUGCUGGUAAAUGAAGAUAAUUUAACUUCCACACUAUAAGCGUAAAGAUAAAAAUCACUUCUGAAACCGGUGCCUAAAUGUAAUUUCUUCCACAUCCCCAACUGUACAGCACUGAGCACUUGGAGGGUGACUAUAAGUGAGCAUCUGAGCACAUCUUUUGGGGAGACGUCUUAUAAAUAUAUCUCUUCAUAUUUACAUUUGCUUCCAGUAUUAGUAGCACAAAGUAUAGGUUACGUUAACUUAAAGUGAAUUUACCUUUUCAUUUAAUAUUUUUGAGGAUGACGGGUUCACUUUAAACAGAUGUCAAUGAAGACUGACUAAAUCAUAGAUACAAUGUAUCAUCAAAUAAUUGCUGCUUAUUAAUGUAACAAUGAUUAUAAUAAGGUAGUCUGACAUGAAGUAAAUUCAUUUUCUUAAAAAGGGAUUUUCCAACAGUCCACAUAAAUGGUUUUCUUCCUUGUCAAAAGUACUUCACUUGUGCCUCUCUCUCCAUGGUUACAAUACUAGCAGAAUUAUAAGUUUUUAUUUGUAAAUUCUUAUUUUACAUUUUUUCAGGGGGAUCAAGGUCAGCGAGGUAUCCGCGGAUUAACAGGACCUCCUGGACCUGCCGGACCAUCUGGACCAAAGGUCAUUUCAUAUUUCAAAAGAAAUUCAAUUUGUUCUUGCCAGUAACUCAUGGUCAUUUCAAUUUCAAUAAAACUCAUUUAAAAAUUGGAUAUUAAAGGGACUCUCACUUUAAACAGACACUUAUUAUAAUAUGUCAAUUCACCGUUUCCAAUAUGACAUAGACCUGCAAUUUUUAGCACAAAAAUAUCAUCAAUACUGGACUGUCUCUGUAAAACCUAUUAUUCCAGAGGUUGAAACAAUGUACUUUUUGUCAGCUGGAAAACAUGCAGGAGUUGGUUGACAUUGUGGUCGUGUAGGGUGACGGUCCUCGUUUAUGGUCCAAUAGCAUGUAUUAUUUAUUAUUUAUAAAUAAUGUGUUCUCCCAAUUUUAGGGUGAACCAGGUGCAGUGGGACGGUUAGGGCUUCCAGGUCCUCCCGGCCGUGCAAUCGUUGGGCCUAAGGUAAGAUGAGUCUCAAAUACUGAUCAAGAUUGCAAUAUGAGUAAAUAAGUUUGGUGAUAUGUGUGUGCCUGUAAUCGAAUGGAGAGAACUAUGCAAGUUGCAGUGACUGAUGUGAAAUAGAAAUAAAGGAAAUGUAGUCAGUGAAAUCAAAGACUCUAUAUCCUACUUGGUUGACAAUAUAUUAUUAAUUAGAUCCAUGGUUUGUUAAUGUAAAUUUUCCAAGUACUGCAUGUAACACAUACAGAGUAGAGAUACUAUUGGUACGAGUAUGGGAUUUUAUCAUAUCCUGGGAUAUAUCAAAUUAAAGGAACACUAUAGUCACCUAAAUUACUUUAGCUAAAUAAAGCAGUUUUAGUGUAUAGAUCAUUCCCCUGCAAUUUCACUGCUCAAUUCACUGUCAUUUAGGAGUUAAAUCACUUUGUUUCUGUUUAUGCAGCCCUAGCCACACCUCCCCUGGCUAUGAUUGACAGAGCCUGCAUGAAAAAAAAACUGGUUUCACUUUCAAACAGAUGUAAUUUACCUUAAAUAAUUGUAUCUCAAUCUCUAAAUUGAACUUUAAUCACAUACAGGAGGCUCUUGCAGGGUCUAGCAAGCUAUUAACAUAGCAGGGGAUAAGAAAAUCUUAAUUAAACAGAACUUGCAAUAAAGAAAGCCUAAAUAGGGCUCUCUUUACAGGAAGUGUUUAUGGAAGGCUGUGCAAGUCACAUGCAAGGAGGUGUGACUAGGGUUCUUAAACAAAAGGAUUUAACUCCUAAAUGGAAGAGGAUUGAGCAGUGAGGCUGCAGGGGCAUGUUCUCUACACCAAAACUGCGUCAUUAAGCUAAAGUUGUUCAGGUGACUAUAGUGUCCCUUUAAAUAUAGAAAUUUUAUUUUUAAGUACUCAACAGUAAAUAAUAUUAUACAAUUUUAUCAAUUUUAGACUUAUGUUAAUCAAUAUUGCAGUUUGAUUAUGGAAUUAUUUUUCUCAUUUUAUACUCAAUAUGACUAGAAUAAGUGAGUAGAAUAAAGCAAGUUUAUUCUGUUUAUGUAAAUAUCACAUUACAUUGUAUUCACUUAAGAUAAAUUAUGUGAAAGCUUUUCCAAAUAUUGUUAAUUUUUUUUGUCUUUAAGUCCUGCUACUCUGCCUAUAGGAGGAAAGGCAGCGUUAGAUCAUGCAUUUUUUUAAAUAUUUAUAUUUUGUGUUUUAUUAUUCAAGGGUGACAUUGGCCCAUCUGGUCCUCAGGGUUUAAUAGGAGAACCGGGAAUUGGAAUUGCAGGACCAAAGGUAAGGCAGGUUUUAUUUUGGGUUAGAAUUAUGAGUUAUUACUUAUUACUAAAGUUAAAAACACCAAAACCAUUAUAAUUUAGAACUGGUAUCAAGCUAUGAAAAGAUUGCAUAAUAUCAAAUAAUCUGUCUUUAUAAUAUUUUAUAUAAUUGUUUUGCUGAUAUCAAUCAGCUCAGUUAAACAUGGUGUAAAAAGAGACUAAAAAAUAGGUUUUAUAGAUUAGAUAAAUAUAAAUGUAAUAGUUUUGGAAAGAGUGAAUGUGUUUAUUUUGUUUUCCACAGGGGGACAGAGGAAAUCCAGGGCCACAAGGACCAUUUGGACCAAAGGGAGAUGGGUACCCAGGCUUACCAGUAAGUGAUUACCUACUCUCAUUGUAAAUGUUAAGGGUUACUUGUACUUGAGGCGUUAUGGACUAUCUUAGACUCUCUUAGUACAGAAAGUUAUGGAAUCUCUUAGUACAGAAAGGGUUUACUGAAUAAUAAACACUAACUCUGCUACGAUAAGCCAGCAAAAAGUGUGGAGUACACUUCUGUACCCUGCACAUACUCUUAACACCUUGCCUUGUUUAUGCAGCAGUUUAAAGAGACAAAAACAAUAUUGUAGUGCCAUAAUUAUUGCUGAGUUGUUGUUCUUUUUUUUUUUUUGUCUUUUGUAUUUUUUUAACUUCAUUUUCUCAAAUUGAAUUGUUUUCUUUUUAAAUUGAAUCAAUAAUGUUCUAUAAAUAUUUGGAAGAGCUAACCAAAUGCUGCAAACACCUCACUGGGGAUCAGUCUGCAAUUAAUGUUAUUCAAUUUAAAACAGGGAUGCUGUUGUUUCUUAUGUAGAAGCCAAACUGGAGACUUUAUGUACAAUUUUCCUUUUUUUAAUCUUGUUUUAUUUUUUACUUAGAACUUAAUGCGUUAUUUGCAUUUUCAUGUCACAACAGAUGAUUAGAUGAUUUUUUUUACAUACCACAGACACAAACAAUUUUUAUUAAUAUUUAUUUAUAUAUAUAUAUAUAUAUAUAUAUAUAUAUAUAUAUAUGUAUGUAUGAAUUAGCGUUUUUACUGUUUUUCUGGGUGUAAUUGAUCUUUUUUUUUGUAACUAAGGGAGUGCCUGGACUUCCUGGACCUCAGGGGGAUCCUGGAUCAGAAGGCUUUGGAUUACCAGGACCUAAGGUAAUAUUUGUUAAUAAUAUUAUUUUUAAGCCAACUGCAGGGGAUAUCACAUUUUGCUUUGGGCUGAAGCUUUUAGAAACUAGCUAUGCCGCUGGAGUAGAGAUUCCAAAAUGUCAGCAGUCUGCAAAUAUUUCCUGGCACGUUCCUUCAACCUCGUUCUACCCCUCUUUCUCUACAGCACUGUAUUUUUGAGCCCCUUGAGCUCUGGAUCAGUGCAGAACAAGGAGAUGGGAAGCACUGUGUUGUUCGCAGGGAUGUAUAUGUAUAUGUUGUGCCGAUUGUCCUCCUUGACAAAAAAAUGCCCACUGCAUUGUACUUGUAGCCAAGAAACAAGUCCUGCUUUCAUCGUUUUCUGAUAAUAUAACCAUCCCAAGAGGAGAUUGGGGUUUAAUAAGAGAAUGAGAAACCAUGUGCAAUGUUCUAGGGUGUGAAUCUCGCUUUACUUGAUGUUGUAUUUUUAUUCACUUAAAAAAGACUGUGAUGCCAGUUUAUCAUAUUUAUCUCAUCAACAGGGUGAUCAAGGUGUUAGAGGACCUCUUGGUCUCCCCGGACCACCAGGUGAAGGUUUACCAGGACCAAGGGUAGGUCAUUUAAUCGUAUUUAUCUCUUUACAGCUCAAAUUGUGUUAAAUCAUAUUCCUAUCUUUUAUUAUCCGUGUUAAUAAUAUGAACAAAUUCUGACCAUUCUGAAAUACUCCUAUAACAUUCUGGUGGAAAUUUCAGUAAAUGGCGAAUUGUCAAGUUUGCAAAGAUAUUGUUUUAAACUAUAAUUUGUAGACAUUCCCAUGUAAACUUUAUAACUCUUCUAGAAAUUAUUUUUGCAUUGUAGUAACAUGGGAAAUUGGAAAAAUUAAUCAGAGAUGAUUAUACAGCAAAUCGUGGGAUUUAACAAGGAAAUUUCAAAUAUAAUUUUUUGCUGAAAAUUGCUGAAAAUUUAAUUUUAUUCCAAUUUGACUAUUUUAGCCUUGAAGAAUGCAAUUCCCUUGCCAAUUCUUCACAACUCUUAGUUUUGUAAAUAACCUUAUUUAAUUGACUGAAAUGCUUUAAGGGUGUCGAGUGUUCCUUAUUAGAUGUUUUAAUAAAUGAAUAGAACGCUAACAGUAGAUAAGCAGAUGUAUUUAUGGUAAACCAUUAAUUGUUUAUGUGUUGAUUUUCUAUAAAGGGGAAUGUAGGGAAGCAAGGCCCACCUGGGCCCCAAGGACCACCCGGCGAAGGAAUUCAGGGAACAAAGGUGAGACAAAUUCUUUUAUACCAAUGAUUUACUUGUCACCUGUUCAUGAUUAUCUAUCAAUACUCUUAUUUUUCAGUUUGUUUAAAAUAUAGUAUAUUUGCUAGGUUACCUCUAUUUAUUUUGAAUUUGACGUUUCAUCCCUCCCAUUCCUUCACCCAUGUGUCUUGAUACAUCUCCUUGAACAUAUUAAUGACAAUUACUUUCUGCAAUCUUUGGAUCUAAUAAAUACAUUUUUAUUUUAUUUAUUACUGCUAUUUAUAAAGUGCCAACAGAUUCAGCAGCGCUGUACAAUUAGUGGAGAAACAUACAAUAUACACAGACAAAUACAAUAAUAAUACAUCCUAUACCUUUUAGGGAGAACCAGGAAUUCAAGGUGGAUCCGGACCUCGUGGACCUCCAGGAGAAGGACUUUUAGGUCCAAAGGUUAGAGAAAUACCAGCAUUUUAUGUAUUUUAGACUCAUAUUGACAAUGUUUUGUGAUGUUAUUACCAUUUAGACUCUAAGGUCUGAAUUGUAGCACAUAUUUCUUUUCAUGGACAAAUUGGUGUACGAAAAUAGAAAAUAUGUCUUGUACGAUUUAUUUUAGGGUGAUCGUGGUUCUGCUGGUGAAAGAGGAAGAAAAGGUGAUAAAGGUGACACAGGAGAGACUGGAGUACCCGGAGAAUCUGUAAGCUUUUUUAUGCUCAAUUUAAUCAGCUAAAUUAGAAUGCUACCCCCUCCACCCAUCUUUAUUAUGAUGGAGAAUGCAUCUGGAUAUAGUCCCUCUCGAUCUUUUAAUAGAUAGUGCUUAUGUAUUAUAUUUCUAUUCUAUGACCCACAAAAUCUAAAGGCAACUAGAGUAGCUGUAACUAUAUCCAAGUUUGGGUGGUGUUCUGGGGUCAAUGUCCAGCUUCUGAUUGGUAGACAUUCCAAGAAUGCAAUGCACACAUUUCUUUGUUGUAUACUUCAGGAGAGAAAUUUCGAAAGCUCUUUCACUCUCUUACUACAAUAUUUCCAUGCAGGGGCUGAUUAUUAUGUUUCAGACAAGCUCUCUCGUUCCUCGAGAGUUCAACCAAGCCCUCUGCUAGUUUGUUGUAGUACCAUAGAUGGUGGACGGCCUGUGAAGCACUGUUACUUCUAAACUUGGAAUAUUUAUGUAUAUUUAUUUAUCUGCUUUUAUCAUAGGGUCGGCCUGGAUUUAAAGGAGAAGCAGGAUUAACAGUAAGUAUUUAAUAAGAGACUAAUAAAAUAAAAAAAAUAAAAAAACAAUGUGUGGAAACUUAGUGCUGAUUUACAUGUUUGUAAAUAUGAUUUACAUCUCUGAUUGGAUGUCCUCCUGCUUUUUGAAACUCAAUCUCUCUCAAACUGAGCUCCUUGUCUUUUCUCCACCUAAUACUGAUCCCCCUCUCUCUCUCUUCCUUCAAGUGAGUGGUACCCACAUCAGACCAUCCUUGAAAGCGCACUGUCUUGGCGUUUUGCUUGAUUAUCGCCUCACACUUGAGCCUCACAUCCAGUCUGUUAUCAAAUCCUUUAGAUUACACCUUAAAAACAUAGUCCGCAUCCGCCCCUUUCUUACACAAGAUGCUACUAAGGAGCUUGUCCAUGAUCUAGUAAUCUCUCGCAUGAAUUAUUGUAACUCUCUCCUAAUAGGUCUUCCCACAAGUCUUAUUGCCCCACUACAGUCUGUAAUGAAUGCCGCUGCCAGACUGAUUUUCCUCUCCUGUCACUCCUCUCACUCCUCUCACCUCUGUCAGUCCUUACAUUGGCUUCCUGUAUCCUAUAGGAGUUAAUUCAAGGUACUAACCCAUAUCUAUAAAGCACUGACCAAUUCUAGCCCCUCCUAUAUCUCUUCACUGAUCCGCGGGUAUGCCCCAACACGGUCUCUCCGCUCUGCCCGUGCCCUUCUCCUGUCUGCUGCUCGCACCCGUACAGCUAACUCACGCUUGCAGGCCUUCUCGCAGGUGGCUCCUUUCCUUUGGAAUAGCCUGCCAUCAAGCUCUCCUCGAGUCUUUAAUCAUUUAAAAAGUGCCUUAAAACCCUUCUCUUUAGGAAAGCUUAUGGCCUCCCAGAGUAACCUCUAACUUACUUACCUGUCCCUUGCUCUCUCCUAAAGGGCAACACUCUAUUCUCUCCUCCAGCUCUGCUUCACUCCACCUUGUUUGAUUGCUACCUCCUGAUGGGUUUCACACCCCACCUCCUAUAGACAGUAAGCUCGUUUGAGCAGGGCCCUCCUCAACCGAUUGAUCCUGCAAGUUUUUGUAAUUGUCUCAUUUAUUGUUAAAUCUCCCCCUUUGAUAAUAUUGAAAAGCGCUACGGAAUAUGCUGGCGCUAUAUAAAUACCAGUACCUGCAUGACAUCUUAAUGUGAAUGUUGGUGAAAGACAUUAGCUGUACCUUCAGAAGUCAUAGCAAAGGCUUAUUUUUGUGUACACACAAUUAAUUGUAUAUGAUCUUUGUAUUAUACUGUAUAUGAGUGAGACAGAAUAUGGAAACAUUGUGAAAACAUGCACAGCAGGCAUUAGUUUACAGAAGCCCAGAGAGGGUUUGUAUUUUUUAUAUUUUUCUGACUUGUCAUCUCGAGUAAACAAGUUGUCUUCUCAGGAUAACAAGUCAGAAAAAAUAUUAAAAAAUACAUGGCAUUUCUGGUCAUCCAUAUUGGUUAACCCACAUUCUUUUAAUUUUUAAUAAAUAUAUAUUCAUCUGUGUUUGUUGCAAGUUACCUGGGUUUGUAGCAUUCUGCGGUAACCUCAAAUUACAAAAUAUAUUACACCAGUUAGCGGUGAAGACUUGUUUAGCAUGGGCCCACCCAGAUGUACACACCAUACUCUGAUGUAAAUGGGAAGGAUAAGCUUCCUCAUGUGGGGUCUGUGAGUGAGAGGGUGGGCAUACAGAUGAAGAGUUUUGCAAAUUGUUUCAUUCAAAAAAAUUACGCUAACCACAAUUUUGGCACACAUGACCUAAUAAAGUGCAGGCUAUUAGUUCAGCUUCCAGUAUUUAUUGUAUGCUGAAUGUAAGAUUUGAAUCAAAACACAGGUGUAAAUUAAACCUCCUUCCCAUGAGUUGUGCUUUUUAUUUUAAUCUGACAUAGAGUUGUAAUACUCUAACAGCAAUUGCAAAGAUUACAGGGAUGCACCGUAAAGCUGUCACACACCUAGUUUGGUAUUAAAUAGAAGAAUAGCACAGUUAUAUGGCACAUAAUGUAUAGAUGCUAACUAUAAGUAAUUUUGUAUCAAACAGAGAGAAGAUAUAAUCAAGAUGAUAAAGGAGAUUUGUGGUAAGAUUUAUUUUAUUCUAUUUACUUUUUAAACAUCCAAAAUAUGAUUUUUGAAAAGUAUGUGUCUGACAAGAGAAAUUUUAUAUUUUGGCCACAAUAACUGAUUUGGAAAAAUUCUCCAAAUAUUUUUCCAGAAUUUCUAUUUUAACCUAAAAUUGGCAUUUCUCUAACUUGUGUUUAACAAUUCCAGGUUUAACGAAUACCGCUUCACAUGUUAUUUGCGUCUUCAAAAUGUGUUGUUGUUUUUCCAAAACAUUUCAGAAAAGGGGGGAUGUUGGGGUGUCAUUACAAAACACCCCAGCAAGUUUAAUAAUAAAACAUAUAAAACAAUAAUAAUUCUAUAAACGUCAUGGUCAUGGUCAGUUCCAAAAAUAAAACAAGUCAAACAGGUUAAAUUAGAGGUCUUCUGAAUUUCCGAACCGAAUUGCCGAAUUUCGGAAGUGCUGAAGUGCUUCAGAUUGCUGAAAAGUGGCAAAACAAGGGAGGGAAAAUUAUGUGAAUGAUGACAGGAAUCUUGAAUUCCUGGCACUGGGAGCCCUCUAGAUGUGUAAGUGGUUGAGGUGGCAGUCCGGGCAUUAGGAGUCCUAUAGAUAUGUAAGUGGUUGUGGUGUUUAGGGUUAGGGGUUAAGGUUAGGGGUUAGGGAGCCCUACAGAUGUGUAAGUGAUUGUGGUGGCAAAGUGCUUCUGAUUUUUGAAAAGUGGCAAAACAAGAGAGGGAUGCUUAUGAAUGUCCGAAUUGCCUAAGUCCCAAAUUGCCAAACUUCCGAAUUUCGGAAGUGCCGAACCGAAUGGCUGAAUUGCUGAAGCUACGAAUUUCGGAAGUGCCGAACCGAAUUGUCAAAGUGCCGAAUUUUUUUAUUUACCCGAAUUUCCGAAACGAAACAAAUUUUUAGCUCAUGCACAUCCCUAAUAUUUAAAAAAAGAAAACAGGGAAACCCUUCUCUCUUUAGAUUGGCAUGUCACGAUCCAGUAAAAAUCCAACUCUACAUACAUCAUCUGUCUACUGUUGUUGGGUGUAUUAAUGUUAUAUGUUUGCAAUUUAUAAAUAUAGCAUUUAAAAUAUAUUCGUAAUACGAACAAACAAAUACGAACAAACAAAUAUGCAUCUAAUCAAACCUAAUUUUUUUUCUCAUCUUAGGCUGUGGAGUAAAGUGUAAGGAGAUACCUAUGGAACUGGUAUUUGUGAUUGACAGCUCAGAGAGUGUGGGACCAGAAAACUUUGAAAUCAUUAAAGACUUUGUCACAGCUUUAGUCGACAGGGUAACAGUGGGCAGAAAUGCCACUCGGAUUGGACUUGUUCUCUAUAGUUUAGAGGUUCGUCUAGAGUUUGGUCUUAACAGGUUCACCACUCAGCAAGAUGUCAAGCAAGCUAUAAGGAAAAUGAUGUACAUGGGAGAAGGCACGUACACUGGGACUGCAAUACGUAAAGCUACUCAAGAAGGAUUUUUCGGAGCUAGAAUAGGGGUCCGCAAAGUUGCCAUUGUGCUCACAGAUGGCCAGACAGACAAACGAGAAGCAGUGAAGCUGGACAUUGCAGUUCGUGAAGCUCAAGCUGCUAACAUAGAAAUGUAUGCAAUUGGAAUUGUCAAUGCAUCGGAUCCAACACAACUCGAUUUCAUUCGGGAACUUAACCUUAUCGCCUCUGAUCCAGACAGUGAACACAUGUACUUGAUUGAUGACUUUAACACCCUUCCAGGUAAGUAACAAGAAUAUAUACAAGGCCACGUGUAACUGCUGGUUUUAUAUUUGUACCAUAAGGACUUUCUCUUUGGGAUGUUUUAUCAUAUUCCUAUUUAAGUCAUAUUAUAUUGACAAUAUUUUAUAUGUGUAUACCUAUAUUCGCUUAGUUAAGAUUUAUAUUUGGCGCAGUGUGUUUUUUUUUGUCUUUUUAUCUUGGAUUGUUGGGGUAUCCAAGUUACAGACUUUUUCUUGCCUUUGGAGUUAGUGCUGUAUCUCCCCCACCACCCCCUUCUUUUUUUUCUUUUCUUUUUUAAAUAUGGAGAUAUGUCUGGUAUGUAAGGGCCAGGCCUAUAUGAAAAUGUAUUUUCGAAAAAUAUUUAAAUCAAAUGAUAAUGUGAUUAUUUUGCUCUAUGAAUAUGAAGUAUAGACUAAGUGAUAUAUAAAUUUGUUUUUGCUGUAGCAUUGGAGUCCAAGUUGGUUAACCAGUUCUGUGAAGAUGAGAAUGGAGCACUCAUUUACAAUCGGAUUGGAAGCACAAUCAAUACUAUAUCCACACAUAAAGGAUCCCCGGGGUCCAUCUCAUCAGGGACGUAUGGCGGCAGAUAUACUAACUCACAAGAAGAAAGGGUAAACCUACAGCCGGAAAGAGAAGAAAGAGUAAAUGUUCAGGAGGAAAGACGCAGAACAGAGACAGAACAAACAUUUGUGGUACAGCUUCCACCGGUAUGGAAACUAAUGUUUACAUUCAAAGAUAAUAAAAAUACAAUGUGA